CUGGACAUGCGCUGGCUUGAGCAGGGGGACCUUGCGUGCGCUGCAGGAUUUUAAUCCAUGACGGCGUAGUGUGUUACUAAUGGUUUUCUUUGAGACUGUGGUCCUAGCUCUCUUCAGGUCAUUGACCAGGUCCUGCCGUGUAGUUCUGGGCUGAUCCGUCACCUUCCUCAUGACCAUUGAUGCCCCACAAGGUGAGAUCUUGCAUGGAGCCCCAGACCGAGGGUGAUUGACCGUCAUCUUGAACUUCUUCCAUUUUCUAAUAAUUGCGCCAACAGUUGUUGCCUUCUCACCAAGCUGCUUGCCUAUUGUCCUGUAGCCCAUCCCAGCCUUGUGCAGGUCUACAAUUUUAUCCCUGAUGUCCUUACACAUCUCUCUGGUCUUGGCCAUUGUGGAGAGGUUGGAGUCUGUUUGAUUGAGUGUGUGGACAGGUGUCUUUUAUACAGGUAACGAGUUCAAACAGGUGCAGUUAAUACAGGUAAUGAGUGGAGAACAGGAGGGCUUCUUAAAGAAAAACUAACAGGUCUGUGAGAGCCGGAAUUCUUACUGGUUGGUAGGUGAUCAAAUACUUAUGUCAUGCAAUAAAAUGCAAAUUAAUUACUUAAAAAUCAUACAAUGUGAUUUUCUGGAUUUCUGUUUUAGAUUCCGUCUCUCACAGUUGAAGUGUACCUAUGAUAAAAAUUACAGACCUCUACAUGCUUUGUAAGUAGGAAAACCUGCAAAAUCGGCAGUGUAUCAAAUACUUGUUCUCCCCACUGUACAUACAGUGUUGUAACAAUGUGUACAAAUGGGAAAAUAAAUAAUCAUAAAUAUGGGUUGUAUUUACAAUGGUUUUUGUUCUUCACUGGUUGCACUUUUCUUGUGGCAACAGGUCACAAAUAUUGCUGCUGUGAUUGCACACUGUGGUAUUUCACCCAGUAGAUAUGGGAGUUUAUCAAAAUUGGGUUUGUUUUCUAAUUAUUUGUUGAUCUGUGUAAUCUGAGGGAAAUAUGUGUCUCUAAUAUGGUCAUACAUUUGGCAUGAGGUUAGGAAGUGCAGCUCAGUUUCCACCUCAUUUUGUGGGCAGUGUGCACAUAGCCUGUCUUCUCUUGAGAGACAGUUCUGCCUAUGACAGCCUUUCUCAAUAGCAAGGCUAUGCUCACUGUGUCUGUACAUAGUCAAAGCUUUCCUUAAGUUUGGGUCAGUCACAGUGGUCAGGUAUUCUGCCACUGUGUACUCUCUGUUUAGGGCCAAGAAGCUUUCUAGUUCGCUCUGUUUUUUUGUUAAUUCUUUCCAAUGUGUCAAGUAAUUCUCUUUUUGUUUUCUCAUGAUUUGGUUGGGUCUAAAUGUGUUGUUGUCCUGGGGCUCUGUGGGGUCUGUUUGUGUUUGUGAACAGAGCCCCAGGACCAGCUUGCUUCUCCAAGUUAAUCUCUCUGUAGGUGAUGGCUUUGUUAUGGAAGGUUUGGGAAUCGCUUCCUUUUAAGUGGUUAUAGAAUUUAACGGCUCUUUUCUGGAUUUUGAUAAUUAGCGGGUAUCGGCCUAAUUCUGCUCUGCAUGCAUUAUUUGGUGUUUUUGUUGUACACAGAGGAUAUUUCUGCAGAAUUCUGAAUGCAGAGUCUCAAUUUGUUGUUUGUCCCAUUUUGUGAAUUCUUUGUUGGUGAGCGGACCCCAGACCUCACAUCCAUAAAGGGCAAUCGGUUCUAUAACUGAUUCAAGUAUUUUUAGCCAGAUCCUAAUUGGUAUGUCGAAUUUUAUGUUCCUUUUGAUGGCAUAGAAGGCCCUUCUUGCCUUGUCUCUCAAAUCGUUCACAGCUUUGUGGAAGUUACCUGUGGCGCUGAUGUUUAGGCCGAGGUAUGUAUCGUUUUUUGUGUGCUCUAGGGCAACGGUGUCUAGAUGGAAUUUGUAUUUGUGGUCCUGGCAACUGGACCUUUUUUGGAACACCAUUAUUUUUGUCUUACUGAGAUAUACUGUCAGGGCCCAGGUCUGACAGAAUAUGUGCAGAAGAUCUAGGUGCUACAGUAGGCCCUCGUUGGUUGGUGACAGAAGCACCAGAUCAUCAGCAAACAGUAGACAUUUGACUUCAGAUUCUAGUAGGGUGAGGCCGGGUGCUGCAGACUGUUCUAGUGCCCUCACCAAUUUGUUGAUAUAUAUGUUGAAGAGGGUGGGGCUUAAACUGCAUCCCUGUCUCACCCCACAGCCCUGUGGAAAGAAAUGUGUGUGUUUUUUGCCAAUUUUAACCGCACACUUGUUGUUUGUGUACAUGGAUUUUAUAAUGUCGUAUGUUUUUCCCCCAACCCCACUUUCCAUCAAUUUGUAUAGCAGACCCUCAUGCCAAAUUGAGUCAAAUGCUUUUUUGAAAUCAACAAAGCAUGUUGCCUUUGUUUGGGUUUGUUUGUUUGUCAAUUAGGGUGUGCAGGGUGAAUACGUGAUCUGUCGUAUGGUCAUUUGGUAAAAAACCAAUUUGACAUUUGCUCAGUACAUUGUUUUCACUGAGGAGAUGUACAAGUCUGCUGUUAAUGAUAAUGCAGAGGAUUUUCUCAAGGUUGCUGUUGACGCAUAUCCCACGGUAGUUAUUGGGGUCAAAUUUUUCUCCACUUUUGUGGAUUGGGGUGAUCAGUCCUUGGUUCCAAAUAUUGGGGAAUAUGCCAGAGCUGAGGAUUAUGUUAAUGAGUUUAAGUAUAGCUAAUUGGAAUUUGUGGUCUGUAUAUUUUAUCAUUUCAUUGAGGAUACCAACAACACCACAGGCCUUUUUGGGAUGGAGGGUUUGUAUUUUGUCCUGUUGUUCAUUCAAUGUGAUUGGAGAAUCCAGUGGGUUCUGGUAGUCUUUAAUAGUUGAUUCUAAGAUAUGCAUUUGAUCAUGUAUUUAUUUUUUGCUGUUUGUUCUUUGUUAUAGGGCAGAAAAGAUUGGAGAAGUGGUUUACCCAUACAUCUCUGUUUUGGAUAGAUAGCUCUUUGUGUUGUUGUUUGUUGAGUGUUUUCCAAAGUGGUUAGAGUCUAUGGAUUCUUAAAUUACAUUGAGCUGAUUUCUGACAUGCUGUUCCUUCUUUUUCCGUAGUGUAUUUCUGUAUUGUUUUAGUGAUUCACCAUAGUGAAGGCGUACGCUCAGGUUUUCUGGGUCUCUAUGUUUUUGGUUGGAAAGGUUUCUCAAUUUCUGUCUUAGGUUUUUGCAUUCUUCAUCAAACCAUUUGUCAUUGUUGUUACUUUUCUUCGGUUUCUCUGUUAGAGAUUUUUUGAUUUGAUAGGGAAGCUGAGAGGUCAAAUACACUGUUUAGGUUUUCUACUGCCAAGUUUACAUUUUCACUAAUUUCAGUGGAACGUUUUGUCCAGGAAGUUGUCUAAAAGGGAUUGAAUUUGUUGUUGCCUAAUUGUUUUUUGGUAGGUUUCCACACUACUUUCCUUCCAUCUAUAGCAUUUCUUAAUAUUAUUCAGUUCCUUUGGCUUUGAUGCAUGAUUGAGUAUUGCUCUGUUCAAGUAGACUGUAAUUUUGGUCUGAUAGGGGUGUCAGUGGGCUGACUGUGCAUGCUCUGAGAGACUCUGGGUUGAGGUCAGUGCUCUCUCUCUCUCUGUACUCAAUGACUUGGUUACCAUGGUGAACUGCAUUCUGUUAGGCAGGGUGAGAUUGGCACAGUAACACGUUAGAAAUGGCAUUGCUCAUACUCAAGACACACACACACACACACACACACAUUCAUUUCACUAUCCUUGUGGAGACGAAACAAUUGAUUCCCAUUCAAAAUCCUAUUUUGGUCUGUGUUAGGAACCCCACCCUAUUGUGUGACACAUGUCAUAUGUGAAGUGCUUCCUUGCGUGCUGCUUACGCAUGGUUAGUGUGUGAUGGCAGGUCCACCACUCAAACAGCCAAUCAGACGCCUCGCUCAAGAAGCAGCCCACUUUGGUGUCACCUCCAGUUCAUCUCACCAUGUCCUGUGGAGCGCCAUGUGUCAAAGACUGUGUGUUAGUGUGUGUGAAAGCUUUUUCCCUGGACUUGCAUGGGAGAGUGUGUGUGUGUGUGUGUGUGUGUGUGUGUGCGUGUGUGUGGACCGUAUUUCCUUGUGUGCGUGCUGCUUGAAUACGAUCUCAUUCAAGGAUUAACCAUCGGAUUAAUUUCCUUUCCUCCUCCUCAACCAUGAGAAGAAAUGAUCCCUAUAUACUGUGAAAUUAAACUGGACCUUUUUGCUUCGUCAGUUCUUUGCUACAGAGUCUCAGAUGUUAACAUUUCUUACCAUCCUCUUUGAGAUGCAUGCAAAUAUUGACCACAUCCCUAGAUGAAUAUUUGAAAUUAUGGCCUUAAUACUGUCACUAUAGGCCUACCUAAUAUACACUUUACAUUCCUGGCCUGAUAAAAAGGGAUUUCCCAGAAUGCACUCUGAAUGAUUGAUAAUGAUAAUCCCCAAACAGCUGAAUAAUGAAGGGGAGGGAGUAUAAGGAUUAUAUGGUUUAGCGGUAGCAUAGCCUAGCUGCCUUGCGCACGGCUGUAUCUGAAAUCGGCUGACGGGUAUUGUUCUUACUGAUAAUAAUGUUGAAUAAUGGUGAAGAGCUGAGGGGAUUAGCGGCUGUCUACUCUGAGAGAGAGAGAGAGAGAGAGCGAGAGAGAGAGGUGUGUGUAUCAGCGCAACUGUAUGUGUGUGUGUCCAGCCCAACAGCUGUGGGCCGCAGCUGCACACAGCUGAUUUACUUUAGAUUAGUGUGGCCUCGAGCCAAACAGAGGAUUCAAUCAGAGUAUGCAUGAUGCGCGCCGGUUCGCUAAAAAAGCUAACCCCAAGCUGACUGCUAAACUAACUGUCCAUUCGACCAACCCUCCAUCAAAGAGCAGGUUUCCCAUAAGGUCGUGUUUUGGGAUGCAAACAAAGACUUCUAAACGAUAAUACAAGGAAUAGUACUUUCCCUCCACUUUGGAUUUAUAGCAUUAUUCUAGACCGUGGGAUUAUACACUCGAGAAGAGAUAAAUCUGUUUUUCUUUGCGUUGGGAGGGAGGCGAUUUUCAGUAGCCAUGGCUACAUGUGAGUAUGGAACCUUUCUUUGAUGUUGCUGUUGUUCCAUUUGGGGUUGUUGUUUGUAGGACGGUCAAAUAGCUGACUUGAGUUGACCAAUGAUUUUUAUCAACAGUAGACCAUUUCAUAUUAUUAUUAUUUAUUUUUAAUUUUUUUUACUAUUGUGAACAGCAGUCAUUAGAUGCACCUGUAAAUAUGUGACUUGUCCUCUCAAGUCAUGGUCUUCCACAGUGUUAUGUUCAGAUAGUUGUCCUCAAUUUCCUAGCUCUCAUCUUUUCUGCAGGGCCUAUACUGUAACCAUUUGCUCAGGGAAGUUAUUGAAUUACAAAUGUUGUUCUGGUACCUGUUGUCGAACAAUAAAUAGCUUUUGGUGGAUGGUGGAUAUUGUAGCUGGCUUUCCUUGCUGGCCAGUUAAUGUUCUGUGCCAUCAUCCGCUGUGGGAGAUUAACAGCCUUGUCCGCCAUAAGCAACAGGCUACUGCUUUCUCCAUGGUAACAACAUCCCAUCCAUAUCAAGCCUACUCUGUUUAACUAGAUACUGCGUUCAUAUUGGAUCACCUUUUAAACAUUUGUAGCCUUGUAGAAUAUGUUGAACUUUCUCUAGUAGUAACAGUAUUAUUACACAUUUGUGAUCAAAAUAGAACAGAUUUUUUGGGCUGUAUCCUAAUGUGUAAGUAAAAUUCUGUGAUAUUUCACAGAGAGCAUUGUAACCUACAAUGAGUGUAUAAAACAUUAAGAACAUUGAGUUGCAGCCUUUUUGCCCUCAGAACAGCCUCAAUUAGUUGGGGCAUGGACUCUACAAGGUGUCGAAAGCAUUCCACAGGGAUGUUGUCCCAUGUUGACUCCAAUGCUUCCCACAGUUGUGUCAAGUUGUCUGGAUGUCCUUUGGGUGGUGGACCAUUCUUGAUACACACGGGAAACUGUUGAGAGUGAAAAACCCAGCAGUGUUGCAAUUCUUCACACAAACCGGUGCGCCUGUCACCUACUACCAUACCCCGUUCAAAGGCACUUAAAUCUUUUGUCUUGCCCAGUCACCCUCUGAAUGGCACACAUACACAAUCCAUGUCUCAACUGUCUCAAAAAAAAAAUCCUUAUUUAACCUGUCUCCUCCCCUUCAUCUACACUGAUUGAAGUGGAUUUAACAAGUGACAUCAAUAAGGGAUCAUAGCUAUCACCUGCAUUCACCUGGUCAGUCUAUGUCAUGGAAAGAGUUUUGUAUACUCAGUGUAUAUUGGGAUAUCAGGCUACAGGCUAGGCCCAGUUUUCUAUCGAAAAUGGACAUAGUGAAAUGGUGCACUCUGGCUCCCUCCAUAUCUGCAACCAUGUGGCCUUUAAUUUUUUAUCUGCAGCAAUCUGUAGGAAGAGGCUAAGGAGAGGGGGAGGCUGGGGGAUGGAAGGGAAGGGGAUAGUGUGUGGGAUACUAGGGUAUUUUAGGAAACCUCUAUCCCCUGUCUGACGGAUGAGCUAUCACCAAUACUCAAUCAGAGUCAAUAGACUAAAAUAGACCAUGAGAAAGAACAGAACACUGACUAAUAGUUGCUUGUGUCUUACUAAGAUCCUCUAUCUGUCCGUGUCUGUUUGUAAUUCUGUCACCAGUCCUGCCCUUUCCUUGCCUGUAUAACAAUGACCUGUUGUCUGUCGAAAAGAUUCCAAGCUAAACUAACAUUUCUCUGCCUCAUGACUGAGUCUGUUUUGCACAUGGGCUAGAGAUGACAGUUCCUUCAAAAGUGGACUGCAAUGAAUAUAUGACAACAUCUGCAACCCCAGGAGUGUUCUAAUGUUAACCUCAUAGAAAUAGAAUUAGAUGACUAUAGUAUUAAGGUAUUGUAUAGUAUUAUACUUUCUCUGUUGGUUGGGGUCAAUUCCAUUUCAAUUCAUUCAAUUCAGGGUUUGCUUUUCAAUUACGAAAAUUGGAAUUGGAAAUGGAAUUGACCCUGCUCUCUUUCUCUCUGUAGAUAUAGGCUACUACUGCAUACUGUACAUGUAUAUAAGCGCUAACCUCCUCCUCUCCUCCUUCACCCCUGUAGGUAAUGUGGGUAUGCAACCUGUGCCGUAAGCAACAGGAGAUCCUCACCAAAUCGGGAGAAUGGUUUUCGGGGCCGGAGCCGAGGCAGAUGAGCCUGGAUGGCGGCCUGAACGCCCCGCCCACGGGGGGUGACGCCCAACGGGGGGACAGGAAGCUACUCCGCUCCAGGUCCCAGGCCCCGCCCUCUUCCAGCGGUAACGCAGGGGCGGCGCCCGACGGAACGCACCAGCCACCAACGGUAUUGGCCAAGGGAGCGUUGGACACCAUGCCGGCGUCACGCGCUCGGAGCGAACCACCACGAGACAAGUAGGACAUCGUCGACACAAACACUCUAAUCCCUAAAACACUAUCACCUGUCCUCUCACGAUCCCUGUUUGUACCUCUCUGGCUGUAGAGGCUCAAAUCAGAGUCUACGUCACUGUAUUGGAUAUCUAGGGGCCUUUGUAUUAUUGUAAAUGCCACGUUGUACAAGACAUUCUCUGAUACACUCUACUAUUAUCACCUGCCCUUAAUCCCGUUGAUUUUAGACGCUUAAAGGAAUAAUCCUCUCAAAAAAUAUAUUUUGGUAUUAGUUUCUUCUUCAUAUGAUGAAUUUUGCAUCAUCAUGAUGAUGUGGCAAGUUACAAUUUGCUUUUUGAUAGUCCUAUAUCUUGAACACUUGAUUGCUGACAUGCAAAACAUUUUGGGACUGUAUCUAGUUAUUGAGUAUCUAGGCCUGGACCUCUUUUAGAUGAUAUAGUAGCUUUUAUAUAGGGUAUUUUUAUUGUUGUACAUUUUAGUUGUGUACAAGUUAGUCCUCUUUAAUGUAUUUUACUUUGUUGUGAUUGGAUGAAUUAGGCUAAUACAGCAUCUGUUUUGUCUAACAGUGUCUUGUUGACACUGUCAGAUUACACAUGUAGUCUCAUUCAACCUUGGACAUACUUUGGUCACAUUUUUUCCGCAUUUGACAAGAACUCAAAUCCUCUCAUGUCGGGAGCGACCCAUUUUCGGUGUGUGUUGUGGUAUAUGGGUUGCAGCAGUUGAUUUUUUAAUCCCCACUGGAUCAAAAAAAAGUAGUGCUGUCCUAGCUUAGCCAAAGCAGAAGCUGGGUUACACGUUUUAUUCUUGAAAGGUCCAUGAUUAAUAUAUUUUUCCAUCUCAUGGGUGAGUCCAUUUCAGUCCGGUCUGAAUGCAUCACUCAAAAUGCUGUCCCUAUUCAAAACUGUUGUUGGAUGAUCCAUACCCAGGUUAGGAACAUGUUCCCAUGGAAAUAGAAUCUCAUUUUAGUUCAGUACAUAUUCCUCCAUUUUGAAUUAUUUCCCUGUCUUUAUCAUCAUUGCUUUCAUUUAACCAGUAAUAACUGGUACUCACCAUAAUUUGUCCAGGAUAUCUGAGAAGGCUUGUUUUCUAUGUUACUACAUGGUAUUAUGUUAACAAAACAUAAAGUGUGUUAUGUUAUAUCAAUGUCCAUUAUGGUUACCCUUCAUCCUUCUUUUCUCUUCAGGAAAAGACCUGUGUCCCUCCAUGAACAGAACGGUAAGCCUGGUGGUGUGGGUCGUGGUAGAGGAGGCCGGGGACCCCCAGGCAAGCUUCAAACCGUGGCUUCCCAGGAGGAGUUCUGCGGUCCCGGGGACAGAGACCGGCGGGACGGCCGGCACCUGGAGAAGGUCCGCUCCCAUGACUACCCCGACGGCGGCGACCAAGGGAAUCGCCCCGACCUCCGGAGACGCCCCCCGGAGGAGGAUGAGCUGGAACGCAAGCGGCGCCAGGAGGAGGAGUUCCAGACGCGUUACCGCAGCGACCCCAACCUGGCGCGCUACCCGGUCAAGCCGCAGAAGGAGGAGCAGGAGAUGCGCAUGCAUGCCAAGGUGUCAAAGGUCCGCCACGAGCGGCGCCACAGCAACAACGCCAUCAAUGAGGUGGGGCUGGAGGGCGGGGGAGGGAACAUGGGGGAUGUACCUGAGAAUCGUCUCCGGAGGGGCGGCGGUGGUGGUGGAGAACCGGACCGCAAGGCAUCCAUGGAGAACCACCGGGCCUACUCCAUGGACAGGACCGUGGGGGGUGGUGGGGGUGGCGGAAUGGGGCAGGGACCCCAGGGAGGUCCCCACCUCCUCAAACAGAACCAGAACCACGGACCCCUUCAACCAUCCGGUGUUGGCCCACGACCGGGCCCCCAUCCUGGUGCUCCUCACCCCCACCAAGGACCACCCCCUCCAGCAGGUUGGGACCCCCCUAAGGUACCCCACCCCAGCCAGCUGGACCCCAACUCCCAGGCAGCCAUGAUGCACAAGGCCAGGAGGGAGAAGUCUGGGGAGAGCCUGCUGCGGAAGGACUCCCAGAGCUCGGACCAGUCGGAGUCGCUGCGGCCGCCCCCACCCAGGCCCUACAAGAGCAAACGGGGUGUCAACAAGAGGCAGAUGUCUAUCAGCAGCUCAGAGGAGGAGGGCGGCUCCACGCCCGAGUACACCAGCUGUGAAGACGUGGACAUGGAGAGCGUCAGUAUGAUUGGUAAUGUAUUCAGAUAUUUCAACAUUAGAAGAAUGAUCACAUCUGUGUUGAGUUGGUGUUAUGGCUACCUGUAUGGAGCGUGUCAGCAAGAAAGGUCCGAUUAUUCAGCUUUCUAUCAGAUCGAAUCAUCUAUAUUAGCUGAUUUUGUGUCAGCAUUGUCAGAGAUUGUCAGAGAUUUCGACAUUGGUGGAACGAUCAAACUUUUAUUAGAGUUGAUGGUUUUAUGGUCACCUGUCGGGUGUCGCUACUAAUGCAAUAUUCUUUCUUAACUUUUUUGUUAUCAAAAUCACUUUGCUGUAGGUUUCCGUCAAAAUAAACAAAUCAAAUGUACAUUUCAAAGCUUACUGGGACUCUAUCUCCCUGUCUAUAAUGUGCUAUAGCCUUGACAUCUCGGUACAACUGUCAUUCACCCACACCUCUGUAGCUAAACCCCUAUUGCUUCCCGUCCUGGGACAGGACAGGACAGCUCUCUUUUAUUUAGGAAACGUCCUGUGAUUUAGGCCAGCAGAUUUGGCAGAAUUAGGUCAGCGGCUAGCGUGGCUAACGCUACGUAAAGCUUCCCUGCCAAACACCGGCUGCAGCCUGCUGUUAACGGAUAGAAUCUAGUUUGGGUGUCACCAUUGUGGCCGGCCACAUGUUCAGUUUUGGCCCCUUGUUCGCUCACGCCGGCCGGCAACAGUGCCGAUGGGAAUAGGAUGUUCAAUGGGGGCGACAGGUGGAGGAAUAGUUCAAAAGUUAGCUGUCGUAGCUAGCAAGUGUUUAGCAGUGUUUGCUUUAGGAGUACGCCAGUCCCAAUCCUGCAUGGGAUUUACUUUUGAUGUUGUCUGCGGUAAACAAACUCAGUAACUGGACAAGGCUAAAUGCUAAAUGUAGCUAUGUGAAGUGUAACUCAGCUUUGAAAGCCUUGGGUCAUGAGGACAAUGUUCCAAUAUCCAUGCUACACCACUUAGAAUGUAUGUCCAAUAAAUAUUGCUUCAUUCUAUUAUUUUGGGAUAAGUAUUGAUGUUGUAGAUGGGUAUAUGGUUGGUUAAUCAAAAGGCAGUUCGGUCAACUUCCGUGUUGUUGUGUGUUUUCAUUUACAGCUCCAAAUUGUUAGCGAGGGCGCGGAUACACUCCAAACAUACUUUACAUGCUAUUUAGUAGACCUGCGAGACAGCUUUACUGGUGCAAUCAAACAGGUCAAAUGAGAUAGUAAAACUUUUAUGCCACGUAGUAUAAUAUGUUGUCGGGAGGUUGGCAGUUUGAAUACGCUCCUGAUGUAGGCUAGGCUAUAUUGGGCCUUUUUAAAAGCCCAAGGGUGACGCCUUUAUGAAAUUAUUAAUCUAUUUAAAGAUGCAUUUGGGAUUGGUUUAGGAGCUAAGAGUGUAUUUUGGGAUUGAAUAAGGAGCUAAGAGUUUACUGUUUACAGUUAAACUAGGGAUUCAGCCAAUCUGAUUGGUUGGCUUCUUCGAAGGUGUCAAGUAGUGGAAUAUAAUACAGUAAGGAGGAAAUUACAGGAGAAAUCAGACGUGAGUUCAUUUUAGUAUUGAUGCUAUUUCUUAAGUGUGUUUUUAGGCAGUGUGUGUUUGUGUUGGUAGGCCUAUCCAUCUGCGAUGACCUCCUGAUGACCUCCUUCAGAUCAAAUCACAGAAUUAAAUAGAACACUAUAAUGUACAGUAUAAUGUACAGUACCAGUCAAAAGUUUUAGAACGCCUACUCAUUCAAGGGCUUUUCUUUAUUUUUACUAUUUUCUACAUUGUAGAAUAAUAGUGAAGACAUCAAUACUAUGAAAUAACACAUAUGGAAUCAUGUGGUAACCAAAAAAGUGUUCAACAAAUCAAAAUAUAUUUGAUAUUUGAGAUUCUUCAAAUAGCCACCCUUUGCCUUGAUGACAGUUUUGCACACUCUUGGCAUUCUCCCAACCAGCUUCACCUGGAAUGCUUUCCAACAGUCUUGAAGGAGUUCCCACAUAUGCUGAGCACUUGUUGGCUGCUUUUCCUUCACUCUGCGGUCCAACUCAUCCCAAACCAUCUCAAUUGGGUUGAGGUUGGGGGAUUGUGGAGGCCAGGUCAUCUGAUGCAGCACUCCAUCACUCUCGUUCUUGGUAGAAUAGCCCUUACACAGCCUGGAGGUGUGUUGGAUCAUUAUCCUGUUGAAAAAUAAAUAAUAGUCCCACUAAGCCCAAACCAGAUGGGAUGGCGUAUCGCUGCAGAAUGCUGUGGUAGCCAUGCUGGUUAAGUGUGCCUUGAAUUCUAAAUAAAUCACAUACAGUCUCACCAGCAAAGCACCCCCACACCAUAAGACCUCCUCCUCCAUGAUUUACGGUGGGAAAUACACAUGAGGAGAUCAUCCGUUCACCCACACCGCGUCUCACACAGACAAUGUCCAUUGCCCGUGUUUCUUGGCCCAAGCAAGUCUCUUCUUCUUAUUGGUGUCCUUUAGUAGUGUUUUUUUGUUGUUGCAGCAAUUCGACCAUGAAGGCCUGAUUCACACAGUCUCCUCUGAACAGUUGAUGUUGAGAUGUGUCUGUUACUUCAACUCUUUGAAGCAUUUCUUUGGGCUGCUAUUUCUGAGGCUGGUAACUCUGAUUAACUUAUCCUCUGCAGCAGAGGUAACUCUGGGUCUUCCAUUCCUGUGACGGUCCUCAUGAGAAUCAGUUUCAUCAUAGCGCUUGAUGGUUUUUGCGACUGCACUUGAAGAAACGUUCAAAGUUCUUGAAAUGUUCUGUAUUGACUGACCUUCAUUUCUUAAAGUAACGAUGGACUGUCGUUUCUCUUUGCUUUUUUGAGCUGUUCCGCAGAGUGAUUCCACCUACAACAUCAUAUACCCAUCUACAACAUCAAUACUUUAUCCCAACACAUUCCAUAUGUGUUAUUUCAUAGUUUUGAUGUCUUCACUAUUAUUCUACAAUGUAGAAAAUAGUAAAAAUAAAGAAAAGCCCUUGACUGGUACUGUAUGUAAUAACACUGUGAUACAUCGUUAUGGAUCAAAUACAUUAUUCACAGAAGGAUUGUCAAUUCCUGUCAGAUUAGUGUAAAACCUGCAGCGGUGAUAUCAGACCUCACUACAGGGUCAGGGUCAAGUUAAAUCUGAACCUGGAUCAGCCUCUAACAUUGACCAAAUUUAUCCCUGUUAAUAUAAAUAGAUUCAGGAUGAGAGGGGAUAGUCUCCAAAUUCUCUAUGUUUUUGUAACUGUGACCAUUUGACCUGAGUUUUACUAGUACAUACAGUAGAGGUCGAUUUUGAAUAUCUAAACAUUCAUCACCAAUAGUUAUUAUUAGCACGUUAGUAUUGCACCCAGAAAAUAAGUUCUCCAGAUUUUGUUAUUAUCUGAUGUACAAUAUUCAUCUGCUAAAAACAGAAAAAGGAACAGUCAGCGCUUUGAAUCGAGGAGUCAGCAGGAAUGUUUUGAAGUAGUUCCCCCAUUGCACAACAUUUCAGAUUGCGCUUUACAUUUUUUAGAUCUCACUUUCGAAGUCAGCAAACAGUUGAAUUGCAUCCCUCAACUUGACCCCCCUCCAUCCUCCCUCCGCUCCUGACCACUCACUUUCCCUUAGCUCUUCAUACACACAUCUCUGAUCAGUGUCCAAGGUAGCUAUGGUCAGUGCUGUAGGUUCAGGGACUUGUCACUAUUUCUAAAGAAAUACACCAAAGUCCCCAUCUAAUGUCAUUCUGCUAUUCUGUUGACGUCAUCCAUUGAAGACUUAAAAGGGUGGAUGAGGCCUUGAAGGAGGUAUGAGGCUUUGGAGGACGUGUGGGACUGAGUCGAUGGGUAGAGCUGGUCUGGACUGAAGUGUGGCCAUUCUCCAGUCUCUCUGUCUCUCCACCAUCUGUCAGUAUGGCUGGUAAUGAGAGUUGGGCGACAGACAGACAAGGACCCAAUUUGUCCCCUUGUGUCCUGGGUGUUGGACUGAGUUGACUUAGUCUAACGGAGACUGAAACAGACUUUCUCGGUUUUGCUUUUACCUCUCUCUCUCUCUCUCUCUCUCACACUCUCUCCAUCUCUAACUCUAUCUCUUUCUGUUUAUCUUAUCUGCCUCAUUCGCUCUCUCUCUCUCACUCUCUCUCCAUCUCAAACUCUCUCUCUCGUUCUGUUUAUCUAAUCUAUCUGCCUGUGUCAAUCUCUCUCUCUCUCUCUCUCUCUCUCUCUCUCUCUCUCUCUCUCUCUCUCUCUCUCUCUCUCUCUCUCAAUUUUAAUUCAAUUUCAAUUUAAGGGCUUUAUUGGCAUGGGAAACGUGUGUUAACAUUGGCAAAGCAAUGUAGAUAGUAAACAAAAGUGAAAUAAACAAUCAAUAUUAACAGUAAACAUUACACUCAGAAGUUUCAAAAGAAUAAAGACAUUUCAAAUGUCAAAUUAUGUAUAUAUACAGUGUUGUAACAAUGUGCAAAUAGUUAAAGAACAAAUGGGAAAAUAAAUAAACAUAAAUAUGGGUUGUAUUUACAAUGGUGUUUGUUCUUCACUGGUUGCCCUUUUCUUGUGGCAACAGGUCACAAAUCUUGCAGCUGUGAUGGCACACUGUGGUUUUUCAGUAGAUAAGGGAGUUUAUCAAAAUUGGGUUUGUUUUCGAAUUCUUUGUGGAUCGCUGUAAUCUGAGGGAAAUAUGUGUCUCUAAUAUGGUCAUACAUUUGGCAGGAGGUUAGGAAGUGCAGCUCAGUUUCCACCUCAUUUUGUGGGCAGUGUGCACAUAGCCUGUCUUCUCUUGAGAGCCAGGUCUGCCUACGGCGGCCUUUCUCAAUAGCAAGGCUAUGCUCACUGAGUCUGUACAUAGUCAAAGCUUUCCUUAAGUUUGCGUCAGUCACAGUGGUCAGGUAUUCUGCCACUGUGUACUCUCUGUUUAGGGCCAAAUAGCAUUCUAGUUUACUCUGUUUUUUUGUUUGUUCUUUCCAAUGUGUCAAGUAAUUCUCUUUUUGUUUUCUCAUGAUUUGGUUGGGUCUAAUUGUGCUGUUGUAGUUGUUGUUGUCCUGGGGCUGUGUGGGGUCUGUUUGUGUUUGUGAACAGAGCCCCAGGACAAGCUUACUUAGGGGACUCUUCUCCAAGUUCAUCUCUCUGUAGGUGAUGGCUUUGUAAUGGAAGGUUUGGGAAUCGCUUCCUUUUAAGUGGUUAUAGAAUUUAACGGCUUUUUUCUGGAUUUUGAUAAUUAGCGGUUAUCGGACUAAUUCUGCUCUCUCUCUCUCUCUCCAGGUGAUUGGGACUGCCAUCCUCUGGAUCCUGCUGUGUGGCAUGUAAGUUUCAGGAGAAAGUGACAGAUUUAGGUUUUGCUUAAGCUGACUCAACUCAGACUCACCCCCCUAGGCACACACACACACACACACACACACACACACACACACACACACACACACACACACACACACACACACACACACACACACACACACACACACACACACACACACACACACACACACACACACACACACACACACACACAUACGAACACACACACACACACACACACACAAACACACACACACACACACACACACACACAGACACACACACACAUACAUGCAUGCAUAGACAAAUGCAUGCACACACAUACACACACACACACCACACACACACACACACACACACACACACACACAUUAUGCCCUACUAGGUCCAUUUCCCGUAGUGAGUAAGUGUGUAGGCGUACUCUACCCACCAUUCAUUGCUAAAUAUAGAUUUUUACAACAUUAUAAACAGUCCAGUCUAGACAGAAUUGCUUAGAGUGUAAAUUGAUAUAGUAUGUGUUUAUUGUGGAUGGGCAAGGCUGUCCUAGUUGGCAUGGAUGGGAGAGUUGUUUUUCUUUCUCUCUCUCACUCGUUUUACCUUUCACACCCUCCAUCUCUCCCUCUAUGUCUCUACCUAUAUCCCCUCUCUACCACUCCCCCCUCCAUCUCUUCUUCUCUGCCUCUGUCUCUACCUAUAUCCCCUCUCUACCAUUCCCCCCCUCCAUCUCUCCCUCUCUGCCUCUGUCUCUACCUAUAUCCCCUCUCUACCACUCUCCCCUCCAUCUCUCCCUCUCUGCCUCUGUCUCUACCUAUAUCCCCUCUCUACCACUCUCCCCUUCAUCUCUCCCUCUCUGCCUCUGUCUCUACCUAUAUCCCCUCUCUAACCACUCUCCCCUCCAUCUCUCCCUCUUGUCUCUACCUAUAUCCCCUCUAUACACUCUACACCUCUCCAUCUCUCCCUCUCUGCCUCUGUCUCUAACCUAUAUCCCAUCUUAAACAACCCCCCUCCAUCUCUCAAUCUCUCCCUCUCUGUCUCUGUCUCUACCAUAUUCCUUCUCUACCAUCCCCCCCCUCCAUCUUCCCUCUCUGGUCUCUACCUAUAUCCCUCUCUAAACCCCUCCCCCCCUCCACUCUCCCUCUCUGUCUCUACCUAUAUUCCUCUCUACCACUCCCCCCCUCCAUCUCCCCUCUGUCUCUACCUAUAUCCCCUCUACAUAAACACUCCCCUCCAUUCGCCUCUCUGUCUCUACUAUAUCCCCUCUCUACCACUCCCCUCUCCAUCUCUUUCAUUUCCCUCUCUGUCUCUACUAUAACCCCUCUCUACCAUUCCCCCCUCCAUCUCUCCCUCUCUGCCUCUGUCUCUACCUAUAUCCCCUCUCUAACACUCCCCCCUCUCCACCUCUCCCUCUCUGUCUCUACCUACAGUGGGGAAAAAAAGUAUUUAGUCAGCCACCAAUUGUGCAAGUUCUCCCACUUAAAAAGAUGAGAGAGGCCUGUAAUUUUCAUCAUAGGUACACGUCAACUAUGACAGACAAAUUGAGAAAAAAAAAUCCAGAAAAUCACAUUGUAGGAUUUUUUAGGAAUUUAUUUGCAAAUUAUGGUGGAAAAUAAGUAUUUGGUCACCUACAAACAAGCAAGAUUUCUGGCUCUCACAGACCUGUAACUUCUUCUUUAAGAGGCUCCUCUGUCCUCCACUCGUUACCUGUAUUAAUGGCACCUGUUUGAACUUGUUAUCAGUAUAAAAGACACCUGUCCACAACCUCAAACAGUCACACUCCAAACUCCACUAUGGCCAAGACCAAAGAGCUGUCAAAGGACACCAGAAACAAAAUUGUAGACCUGCACCAGGCUGGGAAGACUGAAUCUGCAAUAGGUAAGCAGCUUGGUUUGAAGAAAUCAACUGUGGGAGCAAUUAUUAGGAAAUGGAAGACAUACAAGACCACUGAUAAUCUCCCUUGAUCUGGGGCUCCACGCAAGAUCUCACCCCGUGGGGUCAAAAUGAUCACAAGAACGGUGAGCAAAAAUCCCAGAACCACACGGGGGGGACCUAGUGAAUGACCUGCAGAGAGCUGGGACCAAAGUAACAAAGCCUACCAUCAGUAACACACUACGCCGCCAGGGACUCAAAUCCUGCAGUGCCAGACGUGUCCCCCUGCUUAAGCCAGUACAUGUCCAGGCCCGUCUGAAGUUUGCUAGAGUGCAUUUGGAUGAUCCAGAAGAGGAUUGGGAGAAUGUCAUAUGGUCAGAUGAAACCAAAAUAGAACUUUUUGGUAAAAACUCAACUCGUCGUGUUUGGAGGACAAAGAAUGCUGAGUUGCAUCCAAAGAACACCAUACCUACUGUGAAGCAUGUGGGUGGAAACAUCAUGCUUUGGGGCUGUUUUUCUGCAAAGGGACCAGGACGACUGAUCCGUGUAAAGGAAAGAAUGAAUGGGGCCAUGUAUCGUGAGAUUUUGAGUGAAAACCUCCUUCCAUCAGCAAGGGCAUUGAAGAUGAAACGUGGCUGGGUCUUUCAGCAUGACAAUGAUCCCAAACACACCGCCCGGGCAACGAAGCAGUGGCUUCGUAAGAAGCAUUUCAAGGUCCUGGAGUAGCCUAGCCAGUCUCCAGAUCUCAACCCCAUAGAAAAUCUUUGGAGGGAGUUGAAAGUCUGUGUUGCCCAGCGACAGCCCCAAAACAUCACUGCUCUAGAGGAGAUCUGCAUGGAGGAAUGGGCCAAAAUACCAGCAGCAGUGUGUGAAAACCUUGUGAAGACUUACAGAAAACGUUUGACCUGUGUCAUUGCCAACAAAGGGUAUAUAACAAAGUAUUGAGAAACUUUUGUUAUUGACCAAAUACUUAUUUUCCACCAUAAUUUGCAAAUAAAUUCAUUAAAAAUCCUACAAUGUGAUUUUCUGGAUUUUUUUUCCUCAUUUUGUCUGUCAUAGUUGACGUGUACCUAUGAUGAAAAUUACAGGCCUCUCUCAUCUUUUUAAGUGGGAGAACUUGCACAAUUGGUGGCUGACUAAAUACUUUUUUCCCCCACUGUAUAUCCCCUCUCUACCACUCCCCCCUCUCCAUCUCUCCCUCUCUGUCUAUACCUAUAUCCCCUCUCUACCACUCCCCCCCUCCAUCUCUCAAUCUCUCCCUCUCUGUCUCUGUCUCUACCCAUAUUCCUUCUCUACCACUCUCCCCUCCAUCUCUCCCUCUCUGUCUCUACCUAUAUCCCCUCUCUACCACUCCCCCCUCCAUCUCUCCAUCUCUCCCUCUCUGUCUCUACCUAUUUCCCCUCCAUCUAUCCCUUUUUGCCUCUUUCUCUGUCUGAUGGGAUUAAAUCUCCCCCUCUCCUCUACUCCCCCCUACAGCAUCCAGUGACAUGGCAGCCGUCCAAGGAGGGCGACCACUUAAUCGGACGCAUCACUCUGAGUAAAAGGUCGGCCAUGCCCCGCGAGGCAGGCUCCUUACUAGGGCUAAAGGUAAGAGGGAAUCACUAGCGCCAUCCCUUUCAAUUACUAUAGUAUUACCACAUUAACCGCUUUAUAUUGUGUACUGAGACCAUUGGGUGUAUGACCUCUGAACCCCAUGCUCAGAUUUAUGAUUGUGUAUUGUCAAAGGAUGUGUAUGAUAAAGGACGUAUGGACAAACUACCUCGCUAACCACUGUGUAUCCCUGUGUACUGAGCCCACCCGGGUCUCUAACAUCUGACCUCCAGAUUAGGUAGCCUCGCGGUUAAGUGCGUUGUGCCAGUAACCGAAAGGUUGCUGGUUUGAAUCCCCGAGCCAACUAGAUGGGCAAAAAACCUGUUGAUGUGCCCUUGAGUAAGGCACUUUAACUCUAAUUGCUCCUGUAAGUUGAUCUGGAUAAGAGUGUCUGCUAAAUGAUGUAGGUGAUGUACUAUCCAAGGAAGUGUAUGAUGAAGGUAACUAUAGGGACAUACUUUAGAUUUUUACUAGGCUGGGGCUGUAUCCAGAUUGUCAUACCUUCAUACUGACCUUGUACCAUCCCAGGAUAUUUGGUAAUACUGGCACUGAACACAAGGGGUGGUAUUUGAAUUACACUUAUCUCUAUGUACUGAGCGCUUGGUCUUGGGUCUGAAUUGCCCUUGUUCUGUUUUCCUUCUAGGUUGUGGGUGGGAAGAUGACAGAGACAGGGAGACUUGGGGCCUUCAUCACCAAAGUCAAGAAAGGAAGUCUGGCGGACAUUGUUGGCCACCUACGAGCUGGUAAGCAACGUAGAAAAAACAUUCAGGUUAUCUGCUGGAGAAAUGUUGCACAUCAGUCUGGUAGCUCUGUGAGAUUGUCUGUGUGUUAUUUUUCAGCUGCGAAAAUCUAAGAUUUCUACCUGAACACCGUUUGUGUUGUGAACAGAGGUCGUUCAGUAAAGCUCCAGGCUAGCUUGAAAAAAUAGAGGUUAAGACAACGUAAUAAUUCCAUGCGCCAGUGUUAGAAAAUAUUCACAUUCAUUGGACCAGCGCUGUUGCUGAUUCUACAGGAUUAGCAUUGAAAACGUGACCAGCGGUCGGGGCAACAAGUAAUAACGUGGCUGUAGAUCAUUGGAAAAACAUUGAAAUGAAUAGAAUGCUUUGUGUUUGCUUUGUGUUUGCUGAGUACACUACGAUUAUGUUUAUUUUCCACUUUGAUGGUGAAGUUUCUGUACCGCUAACAUUCACUUCCAGUCAUUUGCACUCCGGCGCUGGUCCAAUGAUUUUGCUUAUUUUCUAACACUGGCGCAUGGAAUUAUUACGUUGUCUUAACCUUUGUUAUCUUUAACCUAGGCUCCAUGCUUACCCAUGAAUCAGCUGUUUUAAUUUCGGCCAUCUUGUUUCCUGUUUUCCAGGUGAUGAGGUACUGCAGUGGAACGGGAAGUCAUUGCCGGGAGCAACCAAGAAGGAAGUGUACAACAUCAUUCUGGAAUCCAAGGCGGAGCCUCAAGUGGAAAUAGUCGUCUCAAGGCCUAUUGGGUGAGACGGACUUACUGUGUGAAAUGCUAAAUUCCCAUUUCGUGAUCGUUGUGUGAUACACUGCAACUAUUGUGUGUCUGUUUUGCACUGUGUGACCAUUUUGGACUAUUAUUACUAUAGUGCGACUGUUGUUUGUCAUUUUCUGACUAUAUCUAAUUUUGAAGUGAAAUGUUUAUGGCCAUUGUCUUCUUUAUCUAAAAGAUCUAUCCACCGCAUCAUUUCCAAUAACUUCUUGAGAAAGGUGUAUAGAGCAUAUCAGUAAGUACAUAUGUAUUGUAGACAUAGUGACCACUAUGUCAUACAGUAGUCCUUCCCUGAGGCCAAACCCUGAAUGAACCCUAACCUCCUAGACCUUAGAGAGACCCUUAUAAGACAAGUUCUGUCUCUUCUCUUCACCCAUGAAUCUCUCUCCUGUGUGGGUAUGAACUACCCUUCUCUAACCCAACACCCAGUUUGUAGCAGUGUGUGUACGUGUCUGUGUUUUUCCUUUUUGAUACAAACAAACAUACAAUUGAGGUAUUGUAUGUGCUGGCACUCUGUCUCAAAUGAGGAUUGGUGAUGACUGUUGGUCAACGGCUAUUGCAGUAGUGUGCUCAGACAUUUGAUGUAAUCUUCCUCCCAUCUCACAGAGACAUACCAAGAAUUCCAGAAACAUCACAUCCUCCUUUAGAAUCGAGUAAGUGUCAUCAAAGCUUGGCUUUUCCUUGAAGAACAAUACGGUAUAGUUCAUUGGUGUGAAGAUACAGUACUGUUUGAGUCUUUUACAUCCUGGUUCUUUCGCCUGCCAGCGGGCUCCAGUUCCUUUGAGUCUCAGAAGAUGGAGCGUCCCUCCAUAUCGGUCAUGUCCCCCACCAGCCCUGCUACCCUCAGAGCCCUCCCCAUCAUCCUGCCUGGACAGCUGUAUGUGAGUACUGGAUAUAUACUGGAUCUACACUGGACUAUACUGGAUCUACACUGGACUUGACUGCUCUAUACAGGAUCUACACUGGACUUGACUGCUCUAUACUGGAUCUACACUGGACUUGACUGCUCUAUACUGGAUCUACACUGGACUUUACUGGACUAUACUGGACUUGACUGGACUAUACUAGACCAUUUUGGAUCAUGCGGAUGGAUGGAUGAAUGGGUGGGUGGUGGGGGGUGAUGCAUGGAUGGAUUUACAGACAAACAGUCAUCCAGAUUUCCUAGAUGGCCUAUAUUGCACUUUUCACAAUGUCCUAUAUGACUUUAUAAUCCACAACCAAUGGGCUACUCUAACUGGAUUCAUUCAGUCACAUUCAUCUAAUCCGAUGAUGUUGUUGCUAGGUAAAGCUGUGGUAUGACAAAGUGGGCCAUCAACUGAUCGUCAACGUCCUUCAAGCCAUAGACCUGCCCCCCCGACUGGACGGGCGACCAAGGAACCCUUACGUCAAGAUGUACUUCCUCCCUGAUCGAAGGUAAACCAUUCUCAUAUUACUAGGGUUAACAUUAAUCUGCUCUUAUACCUGUGUAAACACACAGUAAUAACUGAAGUAUAUUACCAGGAUAGUAGUUCAACAUUGUACAUAAACUGAUCGUUUUUUAAUGUAACAGUAACCAAUAUACCUUAAACACACUGUCAAAACGUUCUCUUCCGAUAUGCUUCCUGACUAUGUAGUUUUCUGUUAUAUUUCACCAUCCUUGUAGUGAGUCACAGACCCUUAUAUGGGUACAGUAUGUGAGAGAUACAUACAUGACUCACUGACUUUCUUUGACUCUCCUUCUAAGGUUUGUCUUCUUACUCCUAACAUUCCUCUGUCUUCUCCCCUGUCAUGUUCCCAGUGAUAAGAGCAAGCGCAGGACCAAGACAGUAAAGAAGAGCGCUGAGCCCAAGUGGAACCAGACGUUCCUGUACUCCCACGUCCACCGCAGGGACUUCAGAGAACGCAUGCUGGAGAUCACUGUCUGGGACCAACCUAGAAUACAGGAGGAGGAGAGUGACUUCCUGGGAGAGGUAAGAUACCCACACACACACACACACACACGCAUGCACGCACGCAUGCACACACACACACACACACAUACAUACAUACAUACAUACAUACACACACACACACACAUACAUACUGUUUAUAGUACAUGUGAAGAGUUUAUUUCCAAAACGCUAUAUCCACCAAUUUUUCCAAUGUUUUUUAAUCAGAAAUGAUUGUGUGCGUGUGCGUGUGCAUGUUGAAUUAACAAUGACAUCGGCAGAAAUUAUACCUUCAUUUGUGUGUAAAUUAUUACUGUUCUCAGAUUUCUAAUUAAUAGAUUUUAGAUGUGUAUGAAUUUUUUGCUGUUUCGCAAAAUGCUAUAUACCCAUUGUUUAGCUGGAAUGGAAUGUUCGUAUCCUGUAUAUUUUACUGUGAUAUGUGGUUGUCUUACCUAGCAAUCUUAAGAUAAAUGCACUUACUGUAAGUCAUUCUGGAUAAGAUCUCUUUCAUAAUUUCUUUAAACAAUAAAAGCAAAUUGACCAAAUUUUAAAAAAUGGAUAUAUUGCAUUUUGGAAGGAAACUCUUCAUAUACAUACAGUAUACACAGAAAAACAAAACACACACACAUUCAUUUACAUGUAUCCGCACACGCUUGCAAACUCAAACAUGCACAGACAACCACAGAUCUAUCACGCUAUCAUGUCCUCUUUUUCUCAUCCUCUUAUUUUAUCUUUCUUUCUCUCCUCCUUCUUCCCUCCUUUCCCUCUCUCUCUCUCUCUCUCUCUCUCUCUCUCUCUCUCUCUCUCUCUCUCUCUCUCUCUCUCUCUCUCUCUCUCUCUCUCUCUCUCUCUCUCUCUCUCCUUCUCCUAGAUCCUGAUAGAGCUGGAGACUGCCCUGCUGGAUGACGUUCCUCACUGGUAUAAACUCCAGACCCAUGACGUGUCUUCUCUACCUCUGCCCCAGCCAUCUCCUUAUCUCCCACGCAGACACGCCUCUCACGACAGCCCCAGCAAGAAACUACAGAGUAUGUCUCGUUGUGUGUGUGUGUGUGAGAGACAGAGAGCGAGAGUGUGUGUGCUUGCAUGCAUGCGUGCGUUUGUGUGUGUGUAUGUUUGUGUGUAUAUACAUUAUGUGUGUGUGUGUGUGUGUGUGUGUGUGUGUGUGGGGUUGUAUUGACACUGACCUUGGUAUAUAGAUUUUCCCUGCUCCAGUGUGCCUUGAUGAACUUCCUAUGAACUUGUCUCCUGUGUGUGCGAGAUCGAUCGCAACUGCCAUGGAAACUGUGUGUAAACUCUCUACCCUAGUGUGUGUAACCCUACUGUGUGUGUGUGUGUGUGUGUGUGUGUGUGCGUGUCUAUCCACCGUUGUGCAGGGUCCCAUCGCAUCAUUGAUACAGAGUUUGAUGAUACAGGUAUAACGGUAGUGUCUGAAGGUGGGUGGGGGGCAUGGUUACUGUUACUGAGCUUCAAGUAGUGAGAGUCCAGUACUGGAGGAGAGAGGUGCGACCCCCUUUAUAUCUCCCCUCAUACCCCAGCCUAUCUGGCCUCUCUAACCAUAGACUACUUCAGCUGAUCCCAACUGACAACUACAGAGAUGUUUACAGCGGGAAAAACGUCAUUGGUUCCCAAUUUUACCCCACACUUUGGAUCGAACUUGGAUUUAAAACAGACAGGGGUACUUCUACCAGCCCUUUGUAAUACCAACGUAUACAACAACGAUACUAUGGUAUUACUACAAUUCUAUUCUAGUAUGUGUUCUGCCAUAAUACAGUACACAGCCUUUCUCCUCCUCUGCUGGACCGUAGUAAUACAGCUUGUAGAGAAGAUCCACUGGGAGCACUGAGUGCAUGGAGCUAUGGAGCCAUGAUGUCACUGUGUCCAUUCCACUGAUGCUGUCCCCUGCAUGUCUAGUAAUAGAGCCUGAAGUAGUAGAAACUCCAUACAAUACAAGGAUACGGUGCAUAAACUAGUGCCUGAUUCACACCAUAGGGCCAAUAUGAACUGUGCUGUUCUGGCUAUUUAAAAGGGUACAAGGUUACCUAGCCUGGGUGCCAGACGGUUUCUGCCUCAGCCAAGUUGCCAUUGCAAGCUGGCAAUGGGGUAGCUUUGUGGAAUGCAGAACCAGUCCGGUACACAAGUUGACUCAAUACCUAGUGUAACUAUCCAAUUAAACUCUUCAAAUGCAACCAAAAAACCUCUAGGAACUUCGACUGUAAAAUGUCACGCUCUGAUGUACUACAGUUUGCAGUCGGUAUCAUUUGUCCUCUUAGCUCCCUCACGUGGCAUGGGUUUGAUUAGACUAGAGCUGCUAUGGGCUACUGUAUUAGCAGCUGAGCACCAGCAUGAUCUCUGUAGUGUUGGGAAAACUAAGCAUUCACCUGAAGGCGUAGUGAAUGUUGAGUGGCGGCACUCAACACUGACACGUUUUGUCAUCAGGUAACAUGCUACGACUGCUGAUUCCUCCUCUGUAUGUGUGUAGGUGCAGAGCGUAACUCAAGGGAGAGGGAGAGGAACAGCACCCUGACUGUCCCAGAGCAGCAGAGACUGGCCCAGCACCGCUCCAGAUCUGUGUCCCCUCACCGCGAGGACAUAACGAGGGCCCGCUCCCGCCCCGCACACGUCCCCAUGCAGAGGUAGCUGCAGUUUCUGUAUCACACAGUUAUACCUAAACUAGUCUCACGUAGCCAUACAUCGGAAACACCUUGUUGUCACGCCGCCUGGUUCUCAACGAUGCUACACCCACACACAUCUACAUUAUUUAUUUAUUUCUCUCUCUGUCUCUCUCGCUCUCUCUCUCUCUCUCGCUCUCUCUCGCUCUAUAUAUACAGUGAGGGAAAAAAGUAUUUGAUCCCCUGCUGAUUUUGUACGUUUGCCCACUGACAAAGAAAUGAUCAGUCUAUAAUUUUAAUGGUAGGUUUAUUUGAACAGUGAGAGACAGAAUAACAACAAAAAAAUCCAGAAAAACGCAUGUCAAAAAUGUUAUAAAUUGAUUUGCAUUUUAAUGAGAGAAAUAAGUAUUUGACCCCUCUCAAUCAGAAAGAUUUCUGGCUCCCAGGUGUAUUUUAUACAGGUAACGAGCUGAGAUUAGGAGCACACUCUUAAAGGGAGUGCUCCUAAUCUCAGCUUGUUACCUGUAUAAAAGACACCUGUCCACAGAAGCAAUCAAUCAAUCAGAUUCCAAACACUCCACCAUAGCUAAGACCAAAGAGCUCUCCAAGGAUGUCAGGGACAAGAUUGUAGACCUACACAAGGUUGGAAUGGGCUACAAGACCAUCGCCAAGCAGCUUGGUGAGAAGGUGACAACAGUUGGUGCGAUUAUUCAUAAAUGGAGGAAACACAAAAUAACUGUCAAUCUCCCUCGGCCUGGUGCUCCAUGCAAGAUCUCACCUCGUGGAGUUGCAAUGAUCAUGAGAACGGUGAGGAAUCAGCCCAGAACUACACGGGAGGAUCUUGUCAAUGAUCUCAAGGUAGCUGGGACCAUAGUCGCCAAGAAAAAUUGGUAACACACUACGCCGUGAAGGACUGAAAUCCUGCAGCGCCUGCAAGGUCCCCCUGCUCAAGAAAGCACAUAUACAGGCCCGUCUGAAGUUUGCCAAUGAACAUCUGAAUGAUUCAGAGGAGAACUGGGUGAAAGUGUUGUGGUCAGAUGAGACCAAAAUGGAGCACUUUGGCAUCAACUCAACUUGCCGUGUUUGGAGGAGGAGGAAUGCUGCCUAUGAUCCCAAGAACACCAUCCCCACCGUCAAACAUGGAGGUGGAAACAUUAUGCUUUAGGGGUGUUUUUCUGCUAAGGGGACAGGACAACUUCACCACAUCAAAGGGACGAUGGACGGGGCCAUGUACUUGGGUGAGAACCUCCUUCCCUCAGCCAGGGCAUUGAAAAUGGGUCGUGGAUGGGUAUUCCAGCAUGACAAUGACCCAAAACACACGGCCAAGGCAACAAAGGAGUGGCUCAAGAAGAAGCACAUUAAGGUCCUGGAGUGGCCUAGCCAGUCUCCAGACCAUAAUCCCAUAGAAAAUCUGUGCAGGGAGCUGAAGGUUUGAGUUGCCAAACGUCAGCCUCGAAACCUUUAUGACUUGGAGAAGAUCUGCAAAGAGGAGUGGGACAAAAUCCCUCCUGAGAUGUGUGCAAACCUGGUGUCCAACUACAAGAAACGUCUGACCUCUGUGAUUGCCAACAAGGGUUUUGCCACCAAGUACUAAGUCAUGUUUUGCAGAGGGGUCAAAUACUUAUUUCUCUCAUUAAAAUGCAAAUCAAUUUAUAAUAUUUCUGACAUGAGUUUUUCUGGAUUUUGUUGUUGUUAUUCUGUCUCUCACUGUUCAAAUAAACCUACCAUUAAAAUUAUAGACUGAUCAUUUCUUUGUCAGUGGGCAAACAUACAAAAUCAGCAGGGGAUCAAAUACUUUUUUCCCUCACAAACACACACACACACACACACACACAUACCCCAGGGAUGACUCUUCAGCACACUCUUAUGGCUCAAAUCAAUUACCUUUUAUGUCCACACUAUGACAAAACCAGUAACACUACUCUCUAUGUCCUCCCCCAUCAGGAGUCUGGAUGAGAUCCACCAGAACCGGCACCACUCCUGCUCCCCCUCCCGUUACCAUGACUCCCACGGGGAGCACCGCUCUGGGGACUCGGACUACGAGUACUCCGAGGACAGGUAACGUCACCCAGACAUUGGCGGAUGGUGGCCUUUGUUUAUUAGGGAGGAGAUUAGACAUUAGAUGCUGUAGGUACCGUAUCAGGGAGUUUAUGGUUACUGCCAGUCUGAGAAUAGUUUGGUGACUUAUGACAGGGAGAGAGUGUGAGCAGGUUAUGUAGUGAGGUUCCAGUGUUUUGUGUUCAAAAUGGAUAUACUUUUGAGUAUCUUAUUUGAGUAGAGCUUUGAGUUCAAUAUAGGAGUAGAUGCUGACAUGGUUUCCUCCUUAUUUUGUUCAUUUUCAAUGAAAUACCUGCAGAAACAGUAUUCCUUUAUGCCCAAUUAUUUCAAAGAGGUUGACCACUAACUUUUAAUUUUUGAGGUUGAAAGUGUUGGAUACUCCAAGGACAAGUGGAAUAGCAGGCUACAUUAGUACUGUUCUAUACUAAUAAUUACUAAUACGACUAACAGUCUAAUGCAAAAGUCUCUUACUAAAAGUUUAAUAUCAUAUUUAUUAUUAUUGAUGCUGAAUCAAAAUUAUGAUUUCAUGAUUUCUUCUCAUUCAUUUCUCAUGAGUGGGCUUGUCUGAUUUGACCAUCCUCUUACGUUGUUGUUUUUGAUUGGUUGUUCGGUUCACCCAUCGCCAUGGCAAUCACAGUGAGGUCCUCGAGAUGCACAGGUCUAUCCGAGGCGGGAGUGCCGAGUGCCUGCACACAAACAGGUAAACAAAAACAACAACAACCAAAAAGCCAGAGACGUGAUUGUUAUCGAAGCUACCCACCAUCUUUCUUCUAUUAUAUUACCCAUCAUUCUUUGCAUUGUCAUUCAAUGUUAACAACUCCAUUUUAACUUGGUCAGUGAUACUACAGUCUAUGGUUGUGACAAAUAAAGUGUAUUUUAUGUAUCAUGUGGCAAUAUUUUUGUUUAAUGUGAUGUGUUCCUAUUCAAUGUACUGCAUCAAUGUUUGCUUUUGUCUAUCUGCAUAGAAAGUGGAAAAUGUGAAAGUCAUAUUUGUCAUGUAUUCAGCUUUAUAUAGUUUUAGAAUGCCGAUGAAUUCGUUCCAGACACAAAGGGACUUCUUUUUUCACCUGAUAGGCCCAAAAUAUUACCACACUCUCCAUGACAUCAUAAAAACAUAGAGUUUAUAUUGGUUUUAAACAGAUUAUAAUAGAUUACAGAAUAGCUCUAUCGUUUACCUCAGAAUAGUAUGAAAAUCUCUCUUGGUGAAUUACAUUUUUGUCUGAACAUUUUAUCUCUAGCAGAUUCAUGUUAUUCUCGUAUUGUAUUGUUUUUCCCCUCUUCUGUUUUUUCCCUCUCAAUCAAUGCACGGUCUACUCUCAAAUAACUACACAGGGGUGUAGCUAGGUCCAGCAAUACACUACCACCCAAAAUGCCCCUAUUAGUCAAUGGUAUACACAAGGACAUAUACAGGUAAGAGAGUAGAAUAAGAAAACCCUUUACUCGUCCCCAAAAACCUGAACUCAACUCAUCAUUGGCAUUUUAUGUGGCUUAUUAUGUUGUAUCAACGUUCUCGCAACGUAAUUGAUGCCCUACACCCACUCCUAACAGAGCUUUACUUGUGCUUGAUGUGGUAUUCUGUGUCAAUUGAUUGGUAAUGCUUUGGCAAACCAACAACCGCCAUACCAUUUUCUCUCUUAUGGCCCCUUCCUUCAACCUGCUUCUUCAGUUUUGAUACUAUAGCAUCAUAGCUGCACCGCAACACAUUAGAACAUACAAAUAUGUUAGCAUAGCAUAAUAGCUACACCACAACACAUUAGAACAUGCUAAUAUAUUAGCAUUAUUUUCCAUUUCCAGAGACACAUUAGAAAGCUUUUUGAAAUGAUUGCUAAACCAGCAACCAGAUUCCAGACAGAUUUGAUGUGGUAUCACAGAGUUGGGAUGUGAAAAAAAACACAUCCAAUUCACACAUGCGUAUAAUACACACUUGUACAUGUGAAAUAGGACAAAUAUAAGCAUCCACCUAAUUAUUAUUUAUUAUAAUAUGAUGAGCCUGGGCCAGAUCUGUGUGCAAUCUGCUAUGUUACAGUAAUACUAUAGUAGUACUUCACUGUAUAUUUUAGUACUAUAAUCCUAUAUACUGUCCUAUGUACAGUAAAUCUAUUAUAUACUUUAUUUCCCCAUGCUAUAAUGCUUUCCCACGUGCAACUUAAAAUCAGUUUAGAUGGACUUAUAUAAUCAGUAUUACAUUUAAUCUCCAGUCCUCUAAUGGGCGGCAGCUAGCCUGGCGGUUAGAGCUUUGUGCCAGUAACCGAAAGGUUGCUGAUUCUAAUACCUGAGCCGACAAGGUAAAUAAUCUGCCGAUGUGCCCUUGAGCAAGGCACUUAACCCUAAUUUGCUCCAGGGGUGCUGUACUACUAUGGCUGACCCUGUAAAACAACACAUUUCACUGCACCUAUCCGGUGUAUGUGACAACAAAAGCUAGAGACAAAAGGGUCACUUUUCUUCGUGUUAUAACAUCAUUGAUUUCACCUUCGCAGGCGACUUGGUGAUGUUACAGUUUAGAAUAGACAUGCUGUUGACAAGUAAAAACACAUUAUAACUGUACACCCUAAGUAAAGGGUUACUGUGUUUUUAUUGGGGUCAUCGCUGACACCGAUAACGGUCAUUUACUUUAUUUGAUAGGUAUCGUUACAUUUCUGAGGUGUACACGGUGCAGUCCUGCCAAUAUGCAUAUCUUUUUACUUUCAUUGUGUUCUCUGUUGUCGUCUAUGUCUUGGGCUUCCAUCAGACAACCCCCCAUCACUACAAAGUAGUUGGGAGAGGAUGUACUGAGAAUGGGGAUUAUAAAGGAGUACAUUUGAUAUUUUGAUGUCAAAUCUGGAUAUUCCUCCUCCAUGUCUCAAGUUCUAGAGAUGUCCAUAGGACAUUUUUAUUGCUUUGCUGUUUUUAUAUGGUUUGUUUGUUUACCUCAAUGCCAUUGUUGGGUUUUCUUGCAUGUCGUUUUACUCAGAGUCUGUUUUUCUCUGUUUAUUCCUUACAUGUCUUCAUCAUUGUUCAUUGGUCUCUCAUUCUUUUGCAUGCAUGUCAAAUCUAUGUUUUCUUUCCUUUCUUGCAUGCAUCUAUACAUUCUACCACGGAUUCACACGCGUGUAGCAACACCCUCCCUGCAUGCCUAAAGAGCAAGCCCCCCCGGGGGCAUCAGGGAGGGGGCGGUCCCGCCUCCCGUAGCGUGCUCACACACCGUGUGCUCAGGUUCACUGAUGAGGUCACCGUUAGGUAAGAAACCCAUAACUGUGAACAGACGCCCUCCUCGCCCCCUUUGCACCCCAUCCCUUCAUCCUCUGCCCUCCCACCCCCAAUGGAAACCCCUUCUCUUUCGUACUUCACCUCUCCACCCCAACCCCACGGAUGACCCUCUCCAAGCCCCCAAAAGGCCUUUGCACUCCACCGUCCAUCCCUUUGUGAGUGAUCGAAUGCUGAUCCUUAACCCAAACUUGUGUAAGACCACAGGACACGCAACAGAGUUGACUGUAUUAAACAAUAAACAACUAAGUCCUUAUUGGCGCACUGCAAACCAUAGCAUACAUUGGGGCUCUGUGUCAUAUGAGGCAUGUGAUGCAGUUGGACACAGCCUGUAUUCCAGUGUUGUGUUGACAUCCAUGGCCCCAACAAAGACCAUGACAAAUGUUAAGACCCUCGACAUUAGUAGGCUCCCUGCCAGAGAGAAGGGAGAGAGAAAGAGACAGUGUGUGUGUGUGUGUGUGUGUGUGUGUGUGCGUGCGUGCGUGCGUGUGUGUGUGUGAUAGAGAGAAUACUUGUGCUGUAGUAUGUCUGCUCACGCAAAGUUCACCCAGUCCACCCUCCUCAUCCACCAAGAGCAAGUUCUCAUGGCAACGCUCCAACCUUUACAUCAAGUGGACCGACUGUACAGUAUGGCCGCAAAGGGCCUCUAUUGUAAUGAAUGGAGGUUUACAAGCCCCCUUGAACUCUGUUCUGUAUCUAAUGUUCGUUCCUUCUUUUCUUUCUGUGUCUCGUUCCCCCUCCCACCUCUAUUUGCAAUUCCUUCCUUCUGUCUUGGACUCUCUGUUUCCCUCCAUUCUCUCUCUUUCUUUGUUUUUUUCUCUCUCUACCAUUCCUUCUCUCUGUUUUGCCCUCUUCCUUUCACUCUGUCCCCUCUCUUCCGCUUUUCCCUUCCUUCUCUCUCUCCCUCCGUGGUACUGUAGUGAUCUGCAGCCCAGUCUGGACCGGGUGAGGAGUGCCAGCACCACCUGCCUCAGACCUGACACCAACUUCCCCUCUCCUGAUAGAGACAGGUACACACACACCAACUUCCCCUCUACUGAUAGAGACAGGUACACAUACACCUACUUCCCCUCUCCUGAUAGAGACAGGUACACACACACCAACUUCCCCUCUCCUGAUAGAGACAGGUACACACACACCAACUUCCCCUCUCCUGAUAGAGACAGGAACACACACACCAACUUCCUCUCUCCUGAUAGAGACAGGUACACACACACCAACUUCCUCUCUCCUGAUAGAGACAGGUACACACACACCAACUUCCUCUCUCCCAAUAGAGACAGGUACACACACACCUACUUCCUCUCUCCCGAUAGAGACAGGUACACACACACCUACUUCCUCUCUCCCGAUAGAGACAGGUACACACACACCUACUUCCACUCUCCUGAUAGAGACAGGUACACACAAACACCAACUUGCUCUCUACUGAUAGAGACAGGUACACACACACCUACUUCCCCUCUCCUGAUAGAGACAGGUACACACACACCUACUUCCACUCUCCUGAUAGAGACAGGUACACACACACCAACUUCCUCUCUACUGAUAGAGACAGGUACACACACACCAACUUCCUCUCUCCUGAUAGAGACAGGUACACACACACCAACUUCCCCUCUCCUGAUAGAGACAGAUACAGACACACCAACUUCCUCUCUCCCGAUAGAGACAGGUGCACACACACCUACUUCCUCUCUCCCUAUAGAGACAGGUACACACACACCUACUUCCUCUCUCCCGAUAGAGACAGGUACACACACACCUACUUACUCUCUCCCGAUAGAGACAGGUACACACACACCUACUUCCACUCUCCUGAUAGAGACAGGUACACACAAACCAACUUCCUCUCUACUGAUAGAGACAGAUACACACACACCUACUUCCCCUCUCCUGAUAGAGACAGGUACACACACACCUACGUCCACUCUCCUGAUGGAGUCAGGUACACACACACCAACUUCCUCUCUACUGAUAGAGACAGCUACACACACACCAACUUCCUCUCUACUGAUAGAGACAGGUACACACACACCAACUUCCUCUCUCCUGAUAGAGACAGGUACACACACACCAACUUCCUCUCUACUGAUAGAGACAGGUACACACACACCAACUUCCUCUCUACUGAUAGAGACAAGUACACACACACCAACUUCCUCUCUCCUGAUAGAGACAGGUACACACACACCAACUUCCCCUCUCCUGAUAGAGACAGAUACACACACACCAACUGCCUCUCUCCCGAUAGAGACAGGUGCACACACACCUACUUCCUCUCUCCCGAUAGAGACAGGUACACACACACCUACUUACUCUCUCCCGAUAGAGACAGGUACACACACACCUACUUCCUCUCUCCUGAUAGAGACAGGUACACACAAACAAACUUCCUCUCUCCUGAUAGAGACAGGUACACACACACCUACGUCCACUCUCCUGAUAGAGACAGGUACACACACACCAACUUCCUCUCUACUGAUAGAGACAGGUACACACACACCAACUUCCCCUCUCCUGAUAGAGACAGGUACACACACACCAACUUCCUCUCUACUGAUAGAGACAGGUACACACACACCAACUUCCUCUCUCCUGAUAGAGACAGGUACACACACACCAACUUCCUCUCUACUGAUAGAGACAGGUACACACACACCAACUUCCUCUCUCCUGAUAGAGACAGGUACACACACCAACUUCCUCUCUCCUGAUAGAGACAGGUACACACACACCAACUUCCCUCUCCUGAUAGAGACAGGUACACACACACCAACUUCCUCUCUCUGAUAGAGACAGGUACACACACACCUACUUCCCCUCUCCUGAUAGAGACAGGUACACACACACCAACUUCCUCUCUCCUGAUAGAGACAGGUACACACACACCAACUUCCUCUCUACUGAUAGAGACAGGUACACACACACCUACUUCCCCUCUCCUGAUAGAGACAGGUACACACACACCAACUUCCUCUCUCCUGAUAGAGACAGGUACACACACACCAACUUCCUCUCUACUGAUAGAGACAGGUACACACACCAACUUCCUCUCUCCUGAUAGAGACAGGUACACACACACCAACUUCCUCUCUCCUGAUAGAGACAGGUACACACACACCAACUUCCUCUCUCCUGAUAGAGACAGGUACACACACACACCAACAUCCACUCUCCUCUAUAAGAGCUAACCUGCUGCACCUCCUUUUCUAGGUUUACAAUGUUUCCUUAGUAGUUGAACAUUUCUUUAUUCUCUCAAAUAAUGUAAAAAACGAUCAUUUGAUUGUUCUAUUCUCCCAGAGUAUACCCAUACUUUGAAUCAACAAAGAUUCAACAUCUCUUCACCCAUUCUUGUCAUGCAUGUUAUCUAUCAAUUAGGUUGCUAUUCAUCAUAAUAUGUCAUUUUGUUCACCACUAGCUCCUCAGUGUAUAUUGAGAGGUGCUGAGCAACACAGUGACUACACAAUAACAGCUCUUUCACAUUUACCUGCAAAAUAAUUCACACCUACUGUCACUGAGUGUUUUGGCUAGCAGAGGCAUUCUAGUUGCCAGGGAAGCCAAAUGCUUUUAGCUUGUUCUAAACUAACAUGAACCCACCCCUCCCUCCACUCACUGUGUCCCUCUCCCCUGUUUCCCCACCUGGGGGAUGCCACACCCCACCACACCUCCAGAUGCUCCAACUCUCUGCCCCGCAGACAGCCCACAAGCCCCAGGAUUUUAGUAGAGCAGGCCUCCCCAGAGGAAGAAAGGUACUGGGUACCGACCUAGCUCUACCCUUACCUCCCAGGACCCAAGCUGCAGUCCUGCUACUGUACUUGCUUAGCACUGCGUGGCUACUAUAGUUUUCCUCUAACCGUAAGCCUAACCCUUGUGCUAACCCUGGCCUAAACCUAACCCUGCACUUUGUAGCUUUCCUAGAUGUUCUAGAUUAGAGUGUAAACUGGUGGGUUGUUGUAACGCUGUAGUUACUGCUUCUCUUGCUGCUUCACCUUACUGACCUGCUUCCUGACUUCUGCUUCAGCUAACUGACCUGCUUCCUCUGCUACACAUCUGACUUCCACUUGCUCUGUUGUCAUGGUGCUUUGAUGUUUCUUUUCGAAACAAUUAGUAGCAAGCAAUGUAGUAGUGCAAUAUAGUAGUCAACAUUUUUGCAUCUUCAUUUUAUUUUAACAAAAUCAUUUCAGCCAAAGCAUCUCUUUUAUUUAAAAUAAAACGCCAGCUGACCAUGCAUUCAAGAUUUGUUUUUAGUUUUGUUUCUCCAUUGGGUUACCCAUCCUCCAUUUUGUCUUCUUCUCAUGUCCUCCACGUCACAGGCAGUCAGGGAGCCUGGGCAGGCCUAACAGUCAGAGAGGUAACAGCAAGAAAGGCCUGGAGGCUGACAGGUAAGGGCAUUCUUUCAUUCAUUCUACCCAUCCCUCCCAUACACCCCCAUUCAUCCUCUCCUCUAUCUGGAUGGAGAUAGUCCCUCUUCAAAUCGAGAAUGUGUUGAUGUCUGAUGUCAAUCUGAAUUGUAACAAAUUGUGACUUUGUUGUGUAUGCAAUUUAGCAGCACAGCAAAACCUUUUCUAAAUGAGCGUUGUUCAGAUGGUGUGGUACUAUCAGCAUGGUACUAUCAGUAGGACCCGUAGCCCUGUGUUGUCUUGAAUUGUUAUGUCCUUCAUUUAUUGUGUUCUGAUUCAUUGUUCGCCAUAAGGUCCUUCUUUUCUGUUUGAUAUGAUUUACAUUCUUUACCAUUUAUAUCAUUUAGCUUUCUUUCGUUUGUGUUUUCUUUCCUUUCCACGUGGCCUGUUGAUGCCAGUCGUAUCCAGCCCACCUCUAUACUGAGGGGCAGUAGGGGGAGAGGGGGGCCGCUGCGCCCCUUUAACCAGACACCCCUGGGGGGAUCUGCCCCUAACUCACCACGACAGGACAGGUGCAUGCUGGUGCCCAAAAAUAUACCCCCUUAGCACCCCCUUGUUGAACCCCUUUGCCCCGCUUGGACCUCUGUCCCCCCCUAUACCCACUGUCCUGCUGCUCCUAUUGGUUGUGGGAGGAGUAAACCAAUCCCAUUGGUUCCCUCUAGUGUAUGGUCAAGGAUGUAGCCGCCCUGGGUUUUACAUAUGCAGGAAUGGGCCUUCUGUGGAGGAGUUGAACUCAUUCUCUUGUAGUUAAUCUCCCUUUCCCCCUUUCUCUCUUUCUCUGUCUCUUGUCUCUCUCUCUCUCUCUCUCUCUCAGAACACACACCCACAGCCCCUCCCCUCCUACGGGUCGCAGGGGCAGACAGCUGCCACAGGUUCCUGCCAGAAGCAGCAGCGUAGAGCAAGGUAGGUUGUCAAGGAGUGUGUGUGUGUGUGUGUGUGUGUGUGUGUGUGUGUGUGUGUGUGUGUGUGUGUGUGUGUGUGUGUGUGUGUGUGUGUGUGUGUGUGUGUGUGUGUGUGUGUGUGUGUGGCUGUCUGUCUUUGCGUGUGUGUUUGAUGUGUCUCGUACUAUAACUGAGUGUAUGAACUCAUAACUCCGACCAUUCAAAACCAUUCUUUCUGAGUGCUCUUCCUCACUCUUCGCUGUUUCUUUACAUUCCUCAUUCUCUUCUACCUCCAUGUCCAUGAAGAACAUAUACAUGUAGAUAAUAAACCUGUUGAUGCUAGUAAACCUGAUGAAAAAGGUAAUUCUAUGGCACGACUGUAUCUUACCCAACUUUAUAUUAUGUUUUAGAUUUUAGUAGAUGUGAUUUGCAUUUUCCCUCUUAAUAUCCCCCAACAAUUAUGACCCUCUGUGCACGCUGUAGUAUUCAGUACAUGACAUAUAAUGAAAGUGAUGCAUCGCAUGCGCCACCUAGUGUCCAAAUAGAGUAAUGCCACUAAGAGUACAGUACAGUUGUCUGACACCUCCAAUCACCUCCUGCUUCCUCUGUUCACCUUGUUCCAGGGUGAAGUUUCCCCUAGGUACAGAUCUAGGAUCAGCUUUCCAUUCCCCAAAUCCUAACCUUAACCAUAAGUAGGGGAAAUGCAAAACUGACACAAGAUCAGCGUCUAGGGGCAACUUCACCCUACACCGUUCACUUUCACUGUCAUUCACCUGAGAGGUUGUGUGUUUCUUGUGUAAUUUACUGUAUUAUUACUGUAGUAUUACUGUAUUCAUUCAUUAAGUCAUUUCCUCCCAGCUCUAGCAGUAGAGGAGCGAGCCAGACAGAUGAACAUGAAAGUACAUUCCUACCGGCCUUCAGCCUCCCACGACCCCGAGACAGACCUCAAGACCAAACGAGAGGUCAGUACUUUUGCUGCAUCUCUCUGCUGGAACACAUACAAUUUGUAAUUAUCUAGUUCUACACCUAGAGCAACAGUAUAUUAACUGUCGUUCAAGAUGGCCACUGUCCUUCACACAUCAAAAGUUGGAGAGUUUUCCAUGGUGAUUAUUUUUUCAUUGAUCAGUAAUAACACAGAUACCACUUUGGUUAUUGGGGAGCAGAUCUACACAUAAAGCUCAGCUACACAACUGUGUUUUAUUGGACCUACUGUAUGUACAGUAACUAUUAUAUGAGUGAAUAUUUGGACCGUUUGAUACAUAUUCGGAGUCUUCCUCUCUCCUCUCUCACCGCCUUCAGAUGUAUGCGGACCAGCGGCGGAGCUGUGACAACGUGUCGGCCCGCUCGUCAGACAGCGACAUGAGUGACGCGUCGGCCCUAUCCCGCGCCAGCAGCGCCUCACGCCUCAGCAGCACCUCCUACAUGUCCAUCCAAUCAGAACGCCCGCGCGGGCGGCUCAGGUCGGUACACCACCUUGCACUUUAAUUUAAUUUUUACAAGAUCAUUUACAAGAUAAUGAAGUACCAAUUGAAGAAAUCAAAAGCAUGGUGUGGUAUUUGUUUAUCUGUCAGUGUGUCAUGCUUGCUUGUUUUUAUUUUGUCUCUCUUUUUUUCUGCAUGCUGAUUGGUGCACGCUUCAAUCUUUUUGCAUGCUCGUGUUUCUCUACAAAUACUUGCGUUGCGUACACACAAACACACACGGUGGGAAAACCCCCAAAUGAACGGACACAGGUCCAAGUCUUUAGAGGACGAGAAGAAGGAGAGGAGGAUCUCGUGGGGGAUGAAUGGAGAGCAAGAAAGGAUGAGGGCAGCAGGGAAGAGACGGUUCUCUCAAGAGCUGAAGAGGAGGAGACACACUGUGUCUGGGGACCCCAAAGACGCCAGGUAAAGAAAAGAGAAAAGAUCUCUCGCUCCUUCACAGGAUGGAGGGACCUGCAAUGGGCCCUGGAAGACAAGAGCCCCAUAGUCCAGGGAUCUCAUAUAAUCGCUGUGUACCCACUAACCAUGGUCCCCGUAAACCUAUUGCUCUUGUUGUGACCUGUAAAUGGCCUCACUCAACCACCUACUGUAACUGUCACCUAGUGUCCCCUCAAACCCACCUGGCUUUACAUCAAACUCAUUCCACGGAGGGCCAAGUGUCUGCGGGUUUUCGCUCCACCCUUGUACUUGAUUGAUGAAUUAAGGUCACUAAUUUGUAAGAAACUCCCUCACCUGGUUGUCUAGAUCUUAAUUGAAAGGAAAGACCAACAACCUGCAGACACUCGGCCCUCCAUGGAAUGAGUUUGACACCCCUGCUUUACAUGUACAAACUAGUGUCCCCUCAAACCCACCUGCCUUACAUGUACAAACUAGUGUCCCCUCAAACCCACCUGCCUUACAUGUACAAACUACUUUCCCGUCAAACCCACCUGCCUUACAUGUACAAACUAGUGUUCCCUCAAACCCACCUGCCUUACAUGUACAAACAACUUUCCCGUCAAACCCCCCUGCCCUUACAUGUAACAACUAGUGUCCACCUCAAACCCAACCUGCCUUACAUGUACAACCUACUUUCCCGUCAAACCCACCUGCCUUAAUAUGUACAAACUAGUGUUCCCUCAAACCCACCAUGCUUUACAUUGUACAAAAACUUAGUGUCCCGUCAAACACACCUGCCUACAUAUACAAACUAGUGUCCGCUCUAAACCCACUGCCUUACUGGACAAAACUAGUGUCCCCUCAAACCCACUGCCUUACAUGUAACACAAAACUAGUGUCCCCUCAAACCCACCUGCCUUACAUGUACAAACUACUUUCCCGUCAAACCCACCUGCCUUACAUAUACAAACUGGUGUCCCCUCUAACCCACCUGCUUUACAUGUACAAACUAGUGUCCCGUCAAACCCACCUGCCUUACAUAUACAAACUAGUGUCCUCUCUAAACCCACCUGCCUUACAUAUACAAACUAGUGUCCCCUCUAAACCCACCUGCUUUACAUGUACAAACUAGUGUGGUUCUCUGUAGCUCAAUUGGUAGAGCAUGGUGCUUGUAACGCCAGGGUAGUGGGUUCGAUCCCCGGGACCACCCAUAUGUAAAAAUGUAUGCACACAUGACUGUAAGUCGCUUUGGAUAAAAGCGUCUGCUAAAUGGCAUAUUAUAUUAUAUUAUUAUAGUGUCCCUCAAACCCACCUGCCUUACAUGUACAAACUAGUGUCCUCUCUAAACCCACCUGCCUUACAUGUACAAACUAGUGUCCCUCAAACCCACCUGCCUUACAUGUACAAACUAGUAUCCCUCAAACCCACCUGCUUUACCGUCUACCCUAAUUUCUCCACAGUUUUACUCUACUUUCUUAGCCAACCAUCCCAUAGUCCUAUAAGCCCAGAGGCCUCACAUCACAUAACCCCACCCAUAACCUCCCUCCCCACACAGCCCUAACUUCCCUCCGGCUGACCAGUCCGGUCCACCACAGCCUGCCUGCUGACACGGACAAAUGACCCAAUCCCCUGAGCCUCUACUGGGCAGGAUCAAGAUGUAGUGGCCCUUAUUAACAGCCUAAUGUAUUGAGGUGUGUGUGUGUGUGUGUGUGUGUGUGCGCGCGCUCGCGUCAAUCCAUAUAGAGUGGUUAUAAAACAGAGGGCCUAGGGCCUUUGACAUACUUUCUAAGAGCUAGAUCAUGGCUAUUGUGGACUGCAGAGAGAAUGGAAUGUGGUGGGUUGUUCGCUGGUUGCUCAGAUUGCUGCAGACUGGCUCCAGGUCAGUUUGAAGGUACCUGAUAAGAGAUAUUGGAUUCAUAAAGAAUAUUGAAGACUGGCCCCAGGUCAGUUUGGAGGUACUUGAUGAGAGAUAUUGGAUUCCUACAGUAUACUGAAGACUGGCCCCAGGUCAGUGUGGAGGUGCUUGAUGGAGAUACUUGGAUGAAUACAGUAUAUUGAAGACUGGUCCUAGGUCAGUUUGGAGGUACUUGAUAGGGCGUAGUUGAAUGCAUACAGUAUAUAGAAGACUGGCCCCAGGUCAGUGUGGAAGUGCUUGAUUGAGAUACCGGAUUUAUACAGUAUGUAUAUUGAAGACUGGUUCCAGGUCAGUUUGGAUGUGCUCGAUGGAGAUACUUGGAUGCAUACAGUAUAUUGAAGACUGGCCCGAAGUCAUCCCAUUUUCCUCAAUCCUCUUCUUCUUCUCUGUCCAUCUGAGGCUGCUAUAUUCUAUCACUCCCAUUAUUCAAUUUCAUUUCACAGCUUAAUUGUUCAAUGUGGGGAAAUGUGUUUGGUCAUUUGUGCUGACAUACAACAUCACAUGUGAUAUAGUCUCCUUGUUUAUUUUUGCUUGAUUUAAUGUUGUCCCACUUUUGUGCAUGUGGUUGUGUGUCUGUGACCGUUGUGUGUGUGUCAACCUGCGUUGUUGUGUCCUGUGCCACUGUGUGUCUGCGUGUGUGUUUGUACAUCAGUGUGUGUCUCAGAUCCCUCCUGGCAUGCGUCCUGUGCUCCCACUGUCCAGACCCCCCCUGGACCUCCUCUGAGUCGGAGUACCCUCCUCCCUACCCCAACGCCGACCCUCGCCCCUCCAUCACCCCCCUCCACGGGGCCGAGGAGAGGCCCCAGACCACCCUACCCCUCCCUAACCCCCUGGUCACUUGGAGAGGGUCCCCGAUUGGGAUGGGGGACGGGUGCAGUGUGGCGGGGCUCUCCUGCAGCACCCCGACCCUUUUAGAGGGGAUGGGGAUGGACAUGCACCAGCUCCUCCGAACCCCUAGAAUGCAUCACAGAGCACUGCGUGUCGUCUGUCCCUGCUGUAUGUUGGCCUGUCUGAGGAGAAGAAGCCUGAACAGCUAAGGCUAUUGGCUGAGACUGAAGGACUCAUUUAUAAUACGAAAGAGACACACAUAUAUAUAUGUGUUGUAAGGUGUUUUAAUUAUAUUUCUAUGUUAUCGGCCAUUACAAAAGACCGGCAAUGAUGGACAUUGGACACAUAUGGCAUAUUGCUGAUUUUGGAGGCGUGAGAUCAUCUGAGUUCAUUGAGAUCAUUUUUUAUAACGUUUUGAGAUCUUUUGGAGUCUGUUCAGGCUUUCUUGUAUCAUCGAUAUCAAGUUUUAAUAUUAAACUCAUUGCAAUUACUCACCAAUCAUUGUAUGCCUCACAUCAUACUGUAUAAGAACCUUAUCAAUUAUUGACGUUUAUUAGACUGUACUGUGUUUUCACCCACUAAAGUGAAGGUAACCCCUUAUGUUAUAAGUUCCACUGCUCAUUUCAUAUCUCAAGACUGUGAUUCCAGAUUGAACCUUACUCUCCUCUUUCUCCCUCUAGUCGGCAGGUUCGUGCAGCGCCGGGCCGGACCAUGCUGAAGAGCACAAGCGUGAGCAGUGAGAUCUACGCGUCAGAGCGUACCGACGGCAGCCAAUCGGACACGGCGCUGGGCACGGUGGGCAUGGGUGGCAAGAAGAGACGCUCCAGCCUCAGUGCCAGGGUGGUCUCCAUCGUCUCCAACAGACGUAGUCGAAGCACCUCGCAGAUCAUCGGCCCGGGUGAGUUCAAAGGUCUAAACUGAUCCUCAUCCAAAUGAAGGAGACACUCAGGGGUUGGUUGUGGUAUGAAAAUGUGGCUCUGGUAUUUUGAUUUGAUUUGAAAAUAUACUUUAGGGUUUACAUGGAAAGACGGUGGUAGACAUUACAAACAUUUAACAAUUAGACAUUACAGACAGUAAAAAUGAGACAUUACAGACUAUCAGCAAGUGGCCAUGACACGAUAGUUCCCAGAUGUUUUUAGGGUUAAGAGCGACCUAUAGCUAGCUACCUUAUAGCACUUUCAUCUGAAGGCAGAACAAAAAAAAACAGAUAAGCAGGUGCGUCAUCACUCUUGACCUUUUGUUACGUGACUACACGCCAAAAUGUCCUGAUGCUGGAAUUCAAAUCUUAAGAAUACAACCCACAAAAAGCAAGUUUUAAAGAGUUUCAAAACAACAUGUUUCUACUCUAGAUGACAGCCACUGCGGCCAAGCUUCCAGUCAGAGAGAAAGACUUUAGGGAAUCUUUCUCAGCCUGGCUGGACUCACCGUAGGGUGUGGAGAGAGGACGCAGCGAGAGAGAGAGAGAGGGACUUGAAAGGCUCCAACUGCACUGCAUUCCUCUUCCUGUUCUUUUUUUGCACUCCUCUUUGUAGCCGACAUAAAAAGCCAUUAUAAAGGAAACUGGGGCCUAGGGGGGUCUCUCCAUGCCGAUCUCCCCAUUGUUAUAUAGUAUAGCAGUAUGAUUGGUAUUCUGUGUGAUAGUUGCCCUCUUUGCUGCCAAAAUCAUAGUAUUUAUGUUGAGGUGAGAGAGAGAGAGAAGGUAAGGAGGACUUGUUUUUACAUUUUUCAAGCUUGAAUACUUUCAAGAUGAUUAUUGUUUUAUGGUUGGUACUGUUGAUUCUUGCUGUACUACAAUUCAUUUAAGGUUAGCGUUCUUUGUCAUGAAUCUUGUUCUGGAGGCAGCUCUGCAGAAUGGUCACUAGCUGGAAUAGCCACAAAGUCAUUAAGUCAGAUUUUAAGCCUAAGCCUAGCCUUAACCCUAACCUUAAUCACGCUGCUAACCCUAAUGCUUAACCCUAAUCUUAAAUUAAGACCAAAAAGCAAAAACAAAAAAUCAUGAAUUUUUACAAUAUAGCCAAUUUUGACUAUGCAGCUGGCCCAUCUAGCGGAAAUCGUUCAGUUCUGCCUCCAGAGAAAGAUUCAUGACAAUAAACAUCAACCUGCGUAUUAUCCUAAUGUACUACUGUAUUGUUCUUUAGGAUUGACUGUAUGGUACGUCAUUGUCUGUAUUAUGACAGAAGGAUCCUGUUGGUUGUGACGAGGGACGGUUGUGGAGUUAAUGGAACCUUGAAAUAAAAAAACAUGUUCUUUCUCUCUCAACACCUCUCCAACACUCUACAACCCAUUGUUCAACUGUGAUUUGUGAAAACGCAAUGACAGGAAAGGAUACUUUGACUUCACCAUUCGGUUCUUUCUCUUCCUCCUCCUCUUUUGUGUCAUUUGUCCUCUGAGUUGGAACGGGGUGGCCGUGCCCCAGCUACGUGACUGUGUCCUAUCAUGAUGAUGAGGCAGCUAGAAAUACAUGGCACUACACCUGGUUUUCCUCAAAAAGACCACAAAAUAAAGCCUUCUGGCCUAAGUGUGUUCAUCCUCGAUAGUUGUGUUGCACUGACCCAGAAAAACGAAGGACUGGAAGAUAGUGCUUCAGGUCUCAGGAAGACAGUAACAUAGCCAUGCUAUCUUAGCCAUUAGCCUUAGCUAUCCGCUACAUUGUGUAUAAUUUUUCCUCUCCGGUACCAGAGGGGAAGGGGAAGAAGGAGAAGGGUGCAUCCAUCCAGAGGAGCACAGAGACAGGCAUGGCCGUAGAGAUGACCAGGAACAUGAGUCGACAGUCCAGUAAAGAGUCCACCAACGGCACCAUGAACAGCUGCAACUCUGAGGGAAAGUCAGUACCUACAGACUCUCUCUAUAUAUAUAUAUUUCUCUCUCUCUCUGUAUUUCUCUCUCUCUCUCUCUCUCUCUCUCUCUCUCUGUAUACUGUAUGUCUCUCUCCUUUUCCUCCUUCUCCCCUCUCUCUCUUCGUUACUUUCUUCCUCUUUCUGUUUAUGCAUAUAACAUUUUUUUACCCAAUGUUCCAUGAAUUGACAUUCACUGUAAAGUAAACAACCCAGUAUUUCAGCAUUAUUGCAGUCAAUUUGAUAGAUACAUUUCACCUGGACCCAUAGGUUAGAUAUGGUAAUUAGUUGUAUAUUGACUGUGUUCCUAUUCUGUUCUAGUCUGCUUUUCGGUGGGGUGCGUCUGGGACAGCCAGGCAACCAGUUCAGCGACUUCCUGGAUGGCCUGGGUCCUGCCCAGCUGGUGGGCAGACAAACACUGGCCACACCUGCCAUAGGUGAGUAAAUAUCCCCCUAUUCUAUUCUAUUCUAUUCUGUCUAUUCAUUGUGUUAUUGCCUUAUCAUAGUUCCUCUGUGACUCUUCCCCAAUUGAUAACUUAUUGUUAUGCUAUUUCUAUACCCCACAAAUCAGUUUCAUGCAUUCACAUAGCUCCCGUUCCUCCUUCUCCAUAUUACCUCAAUAACUCAAUGUCCUUCCAACUUCCCUCUUGAGAAACUCAAUUGCCCACUUCCUAUUUCAUGACAUUGGGUGUGUUCGAGCAGUAAGCCUAACGAAGCCGACUGCAACAGUCAAAAGUCGGACAAGGUAGUGGUUUUCCAACAGCAAGGCUCAGAUCAACAUGGCAGUGUCAACAUAGCUGCUAUUGUUUAUUUAAAUAAACUUUUCUAUACUCCCAUAUCACACACUCACAAACUGAAAACAUAAUGUGUGUACAAUUAAUUGGUUAGAAAGCAGUCUCAAAUAUCACUUUCAUUUGUAUACCCUGUAGCUUUAGAAUCGGGGCAAAGUUGGUUCCUGUUUUAGGCACAUCUUUGGCCAUGUUCAUUUGGGUCAAACAAAAACACCCUCAUGAUUGGUUGACAAAUAGUGCCUCCCACAAUGCAGGUGAUGACUGCAUGGUGCAGUCGGUGAGAAGCAACUGCAGCGACUUGAAGGUGUCUUCAUAAAAACUGCAUGACCUUUGAUCACAUGAUUUUUGAACAUUUUAAUACCCAUAAUACAAAACACAUUUUUAUACCCAUAAUGCAAAACAAUACUUGACAAAUGUGAUCUGCUCGAACGCGCCCCUUAUCUCUUGCCUACUUCCUGUUCUGAUUGGUUCAAUCAAUUUCCUGUUUCCUGUUUAGUCAACCAGAGACAAAACAGAAGGCGAGACAUCAGCUGCUAUCGCAUUGGUGCAUAUAGGAAGCCACAACUUAAGCAGACUGGAACUGUGAAAAAAAAAUUCUAUAGUAAACGGCCCGAGUGGGACCUCGUCAUUUAUCCACCAUUUCCGGUCAAGUCGUUCUACUUCCUCUUCCUCCCAGGUGAUAUUCAGAUCGGAAUGAUGGACAAGAAGGGUCAGUUGGAGGUGGAGGUGAUCAGAGCUCGGGGCCUCGUACAAAAGCCUGGAUCCAAAUCCCUCCCUGGUGAGACACUGGUGGUAGCGCCACAUAGGGGUGGAGGACUGCAUUGAGACAAAAUAAUAUUCAGUGCAAAGUCCAUUGAAAGUGCUUUUUAGUCCAGGAGUAGUCUUAUCUGGGUCCAUGUAAUCGCCCACCUAGAGAAAACAAUUAAACCUGAUCAUGUUUAUAAUCACAAUGGAGUAUCCUUAUCUGCCUCUUCUUUCUUUCUUUCUUUCUUUCUUUCUUUCUUUCUUUCUUUCUUUCUUUCUUUCUUUCUUCAGCUCCAUAUGUCAAGGUAUAUCUGUUGAAUAAUGGAGCGUAUGUAGCCAAAAAGAAAACCAAGAUUGCACGGAAAACGCUCGACCCGCUGUACCAGCAAGCGCUGCAAUUCGAGGAGAGCCCACAGGGCAAAGUAUUACAGGUAAGUGUCAAAGCGUGCCUUGUUUCAUAAAGAAAGUAAAAUCGCUUUUCAAUUAAAUAAUUAAAUAAUUGUAUCCCCUGAAGAAUAUUAAAACCUUUUAAAGCUGUAAAAGUUUUUAAUCAAUACAUUUUUGGGGGUCUUUUUUUCCCCUUCAGGUGAUCGUCUGGGGAGACUACGGACGAAUGGACCACAAAAGCUUCAUGGGAGUUGCACAAAUCCUAUUGGAGGAACUAGAUUUAUCAAGUACAGUGAUUGGCUGGUACAAGUUGUUCCCACCCUCCUCCUUGGUGGACCCCACACUAGCCUCCCUGACUCGACGUGCUUCCCAGUCAUCAUUGGACAGCUCCUCGGGCCCACCGGGCACCCGAUCCUAGUGGACCAAUAGGACUACAGCUACCAAUCUUAAUGGACCAAUGGGACUAUGGGUAGCCUACCGCUUUGUGAAACGAAUUAACGUUACUUUAGAGAUUAACGUACAAAAAAUAUUCUAGAACAACAACAAUCAAGAAAAAGAGUCACAAUGAUUUAAAAAAAAAGCUUUGUUGAUAUCUGACAAUCACUCCUGACAUCGUUUAAUUUGUUGUUUGUUUUAGAGAGCGUUAUGUUUCAAUGUUUCAUUUCAGUAACUAAUUCGUCAAAGUUUGUUCGCGGUUGUAAUCUAAGAACUAGGGCUGUCGGUAAUAAACAAUGUUCGGUAGCUAGGUAAGGCUGUACUGGAGUCGAGCGGUAAGGAGACCACUCGAUUCGUAGAAGAAACUAAGUACACAUUUAAAUGACAAAGGAAGCAGGGUGGUAGUUUUUAGUCAAACCAUCAAUAAACAAAGAAAUGUAUGUUAGCGUCAGAAUGUAUGGACCCAAGACAGAGGCGUAAUCCUCCUUGCCCUCCAGGGGGCGCCAUAAUGUCCUCUCCGCAGUAGACCCUCUCCGGACCCCAAACAGACUGCCAGCACUUCGGCCCCCAGGGCAGAGUGCUUCUGGGUGGGAUCGGUCGGGGCAAGCAGGGGUCUCCUUCUGGUGCCUAGACUUUGUGGAUUCACAUUACUGGUCCUUCUCUGUCAAAAUAUCAUUUUUUGUUUUCAAUAUGUUUACCACGGCUGGUCCAAGCCGCUCUCGAAUUUUUGUCUUUGGUACGUUUGACUUUUUUUUCUCUGUUUGUUACUUAUGGCACAAAAAUGUUUUUCUGAUGAGUCUGAGGUUUACGAUGUGUUGUCUGAUGUCUGGAGAAGAAGUAAAAGACAAAGAAAAAAAUAUGAAAUAGAGAAAAUGAAAUAAAGUGUCUGCAAUGAGAUGCAGGGGACUGUUCAGUGACACAUCUUAAAUGACGAUUUUUACACUUGACGAUGAGAUUAGUGUGGAAUUACAAUGUCGUUUUCUUCAUUCAAUCACCUACAAAAAGUCCAACCCAGUUGUCUUUGUAUAGAUGUAUAUUAGACCUCCAAGGAGGUUGACCAAUAAAUAUAAUUAUACAUUUCACUUUGAACUAUCACCAGGGUGUUAACAAGUCACUGUAAAAAAUAUAUAUAUUUGUCCACAAUCAUGAGAACAAGAUAGGUAUCUUUCAUUUAGCUGUUUUCUGGGAAUAUCCUUCCCCUCACCCCAGAACAUGUUUAGGGGUUUUAUCCGAAACUUCAGUUUACAUUAUUUUGAGAUUUAAAAACGCAAGCACAAUAAGCUUGAUUUUUGUACGGCAAAAAGUUUAACUUUUUGAAAAAAAUGAAGGAAAAAAAAGAUUUUUAAAAAAUACUGAUUGCAAAUUAAACUCUUUGGUUCAUUUCAUUUUUUUUUUGUCUAGAUUUUUUGGAAAAACAAAAAAGAUCAGUUGCUCAAAUUUCCCUUCUGCAUCUUUGUGAAUGUGAAAAAUAACUAAUCAAAUUGAACUGUCAGGACAGGAACACCAAUGCUCAUCCUCCGUCAGGCCCGCUGACUCCUCCCACACCAAAGGGUGCGUGGCCCGCAUGACUCGGACCUGUUCAAAGCUGCAUGCCCAUUUUGUAAAACACAAACGAUACUGGAAAAAAAAGAUUGAACUGAACUAGAUAUGUGUGUUAGUUCCACAUACCGUAGGCCCGAUGUAUGUUGCAUGCACUUGUACAGUUUGCUCGUACUUAAAUAUAAAGAGAUAAACCAAGAAACCGAAGCCAUUCACAUCACGCGAAGACAUUCGAAAUGAUCAGCUGCAGUCAAGUCUAGUCCACAUCCUUCAUUCCGGUGCUGAAUGUUUUGAAACCAACUGAUUACCGAGAUUAUGUUGAUGUCUUUUUUUAACGCUAUUGAACGUGUACUGUACUGUCGUACUAAGCAGGCCUCACCGCCCCCAUUCUUUCAAAUCUACUGUUACUGUACACAUAGUUUACCUCUAUGGGGCUGAGACUACAUGGUUAAAUAUGUAUAAAUCAGAUCAACCUAUAUAGAAAGUAUAGUUAUGUUGAACAUAAUGAUGUAAUAAGAUAUAAGGAUACAUAUAUUACACAAAUUAUUUAGAGUAUAAUGACCGAAAGUCAUUUAGGUAUAUUGUAAAUCUUUUUUCAACCAACCAAACGGUUUAGUGAUAUUUAUGAAAGGGGCCAAGUCAGAUUACGGGGCCAUUGUCAAGUCCCUGGGGACCACUAGUGGACUUAUAAAGUCAGCAAAGGGACACUACUGUUGUACAAGGCUUCAAGGGUUAGUCCCAAAUUGCCAUACUUGGGUAUCAGGACAUAUUAACAACAAAAGUUGCCGUCACUACACCUCUCUAUCUGUGCUUUGAAACCUACAUCCUACAACCCCAGCCAUGUAAAACCCCAUUUAUAAAAACAUCUCAUUUUAGUUUCAUGUUCAGUGAGGCUGAGUUAUUCCUUUUAUUUUGUCAGUAUUAUUGGGAGAAAAAAAAUGCUGAUUGUUUACAAUUUAUGUGUUCCACUGAAACAACAACUAUAAAAGAAAAUGAUCUAAAAAAAAAAAAAAAAAAAGUAUUCACUGCAACAUUUCUUGUUUGGUAUAACAGAUGUGGCUCAAAUGAUGUGUAUGUUUUAUAUUUAAAAAAAGAGUUCAUUUUUUAUUAUUUACAAAUAAAAAGAAUGUGUGGAAGAAUUCUCCC